AUGACAACACAGGCGCCAACGUUCACACAGCCGCUUCAGAGCGUUGUGGCACUUGAGGGUAGUGCCGCAACGUUCGAAGUGCAAGUUAGUGGUAAUCCAGUUCCUGAGGUGAGCUGGUUUCGUGAUGGCCAGGUUCUUUCUGCUGCCGCUCUGCCCGGCGCUCAGAUCUCGUUCAGCGAAGGCCGCGCUGUUCUGAGGAUCCCCGCCGUGACAGCCGCACACAGCGGAAGAUUUUCUGUGAGAGCCACCAAUGGCGCUGGACAAGCCACUAGCACUGCUGAACUCCUGGUUACAGUGGAAACUGCGCCACCGACCUUUAUUCAGAGACUACAAAGCAUGACAGUGAGACAAGGAAAACAAAUGAGACUGGACGUCCGUGUGACAGGAAUCCCUACACCUGUGGUGAAGUUUUACAGAGAGGGAGCUGAGAUUCAGAGCUCCGCUGACUUUCAGAUUGUUCAAGAUGGAGACCUUUACAGCUUGUUGAUUGCCGAGGCUUUUCCUGAAGACUCUGGGACAUACUCAGUUAUUGCCUCCAACAGCAGCGGACGUGCCACUUCAACCGCAGAACUACUGGUUCAAGGUGAAGAAGUUGCAGUGCCUGCAAAGAAGACCAAGACAGUUGUUUCAAGCUCUCAAAUUUCACAGGCCAUGGAGGAAAAGAAAGUGGAGGCUCAUUUUGAUUCAUCAGCCAUGACAGAAAUGCAAAUGGAGGGAGGUGUUAUGAUUCAGCAUUUGGCUCACAAAACACCCCCUCGUGUGCCUGGAAAAGCGACCUCAAUGUCCCCAACAUCAGCUUCAGUGGUUACAAAGGUUACAGCUGCUCGUCACCAGUCACCUUCACCUGUAAGACAUGUUAAGGCUCCAACUCCCACACCUGUGAGGACUGGUUCCCCAACUUCAAGAGUGUCAGUGUCCCCUAUUAGACCCGUGAAGUCUCCAUUAACCACACGCAAGUAUGUCACACAGGCUGCUGAUGUUUUGCCUCCAUGGAAGCAGGAAGGCUAUGUAGCAGAAUCCAGCUACACUACCAUGUCUACUGGACCCAUGUAUGUCCAGUCCUCUUCCACACAUGUCCAAAAGGAACAGUGGGAAGGCUCUUUUACCAGGCAGCAACAGAUCAGUGGAGCUAUUAUCAAAGAGGUUGUGGAGGCUGCAAUGAUCCCUUCGCAUACACAAGUCCAAGUGAUGCCACCAACAGUUGUGGCUGGCUUGAAGAACCUGACUGUUAUUGAGGGAGAGUCUGUGACUCUGGAGUGCCAGAUCUCAGGCCACCCCACACCAGGCAUUAUAUGGUUCCGAGAGGACUACAGGAUUGAAAGCUCCAUUGACUUCCAGAUCACAUAUGAGGAAGGAUAUGCCCGCCUAGUGAUCCGUGAGGCCUUUGCUGAGGAUAGUGGACGUUUCACUUGUACUGCUACAAACGAGGCUGGAACUAUCAGCACCUCCUGCUACCUGCUUGUGCAAGUGUCUGAGGAAAGUGAGAGUCGGGAGGAUUUGACUGCUAUUUCUGAACAUGUUGAAGUAUCUAUGCAAGAAAGACGAUUCACUGAAGCCAGAAAAGAGACCAUAUCAGAAAUCAGUGCUGUAUCUGAAUCUGUGGACACUGGAGCAGCUGUGGCUCCAUUCUUUCUGAGGAAGCCCAUGGUGCAGAAACUCAUGGAAGGUGAUAGUGUUGUCUUUGAAUGCCAGAUUGGAGGCAGUCCCAAACCUCACAUCUACUGGAAAAAGAGUGGAAUUCCACUCACUACUGGAUACAGAUAUAGAGCCACUUAUAUUAAAGAAACAGGUCAAUGCAAAUUGGAGAUUUCUAUGACAUUUCCUGAUGAUGCUGGGGAAUACACAGUGUUUGCCAGGAACCAGCUUGGAGAAGCAUCUGCGUCAACUAUGCUUCUUAAUGAAGAGGCAUAUGAAGCCUACAUAAAAGACCAUGAAGUAGCAUAUAAGACUGAAGUGACAACAGCUGUGAGACUGGAGCCCAAAGUCGGAGAUGUUCCACCCAUACUUACAAAUGAACUUGAAAAAGAACAAUUAAUCAUUCAGAGGAGGAUGGCUAAGCAAACACAAAUGAUGCAGUCCUUCACCUCUGAGCAGGAGUUCCAGAUAUCUUCUGUUGAGCAGAGGUUCAUGUACGAGAUUGAGUGUCAUCUUCUAAAGAUUACCUACCAAAAAUUGUUGGCUGAAGAUGGAGAGCAGAUGGACAUGACCAUUUCUGAGCAUGAGUGUGUAUCCCCAGCUUUUAGCACGCCAGUGAAAAAUUACAAGCUCAGAGAAGGAAUGAGUGCUACACUGCACUUCAAAAUGACAGGAACUCCACUUCCAAAAAUUACAUGGUAUAAAGAUGGCAAACGCAUAAGACAUGGAGACCAUUAUCAAACUGAGGUUCUUAAAGAUGGUAGAGCCAGUCUACGUCUUCCUGUGGUGCAGCCAGAGGAUGAGGGAAUCUACAGCGCUUUGAUUAGCAAUAUGAAGGGUAAUGCUGUCAGCUCUGGAAAGCUUCACGUGGAAUUAGCUGAUACAGUUGUGCAGCCACAGUACCGUCAAGCAGAAACAGCUCAGAGAAUCAGAUCCACAUCACCACGCUCUACCAGUCGUUCUCCUGGACGCUCGCCUGCUCACAGACUGGAUGAGACUGAUGAAGCCCAACUUGAAAGGCUUUAUAAGCCUGUAUUUGUCACAAAGCCAUCUUCCUUUAAGUGCUCUGAGGGACAAACUGCAAGAUUUGAUUUGAAAGUUGUCGGAAGACCCGUCCCUGAAACAUACUGGUUCCAUAAUGGAGAACAAGUGGUGAAUGAUUACACCCACAAGAUUGUGGUUAAGGAAGAUGGAACUCAGUCCUUGAUUGUGGUUCCUGCUGUGCCUCAUGACUCUGGAGAAUGGACAGUUGUUGCUCAAAACCGAGCUGGAAAAAGCUCUGUGUCUAUGACUCUCACUGUAGAAGCAAAAGAAAACUUGGUGAGACCCCAGUUUGUUGAGAAGCUGAAGAACAUUAGUGUUAAAGAAGGCAGCUUGGUUGAAUUGGCUGUUAAAGCAAUCGGCUGUCCCCUUCCUGACAUUGUUUGGCUGAAGAACAGUGAUAUCAUUACCCCACACAAGCAUCCAAAUAUCAGAAUUGAGGGUGGCAAAGGGGAAGCUUCUUUCAAGAUCUCCCAGAGUUCUGGCUCUGAUACUGCAUGGUACACUGCUACAGCUAUUAACAAAGCUGGCCGGGAUACCACUCGCUGCAAAGUCAAUGUUGAAGUAGAGGCAGUGGGACCUCAGCCAGAGAGAAAACUUAUUAUUCCUAAGGGAACUUACAAAGCUAAGGAAAUUGCUGCACCAGAGUUGGAGCCACUGCAUCUCCGCUAUGGUCAGGAACAAUGGGAGGAGGGUGACCUUUAUGACAAGGAGAAGCAACAGAAGCCUCAGUUCAAAAAGAAACUGACCUCUGUCAGACUAAAGCAGUUUGGCCCUGUACAUUUUGAAUGCAGACUCACCCCUAUUGGUGAUCCCACAAUGAUUGUUGAGUGGCUGCAUGAUGGCAAGCCCCUGGAAGCUGCUAAUAGACUACGUAUGGUCAAUGAGUUUGGUUACUGCAGUCUUGACUAUGAAGCUGCUUAUGCCAGAGACAGUGGUGUCAUCACCUGUAGAGCUGCCAACAAAUUUGGUGUUGACCAGACCUCAGCCACCCUGAUUGUGAAAGAUGAGAAGAGCCUCGUUGAGGAAAGUCAGUUGCCUGAAGGUAGAAGGGGACCGAGAUUAGAUGAAAUUGAGCGCAUUGCUCAUGAGGGAGCUCCUGCUGGAGUUACUGUGGAGGAAAUCACUGAAAAAACCAAGCCUGAGAUUGUCUUGCUUCCAGAGCCCAUUAGAGUACUGGAGGGGGAAACUGCUAAGUUCCGUUGCAGAGUAACUGGGUACCCAAGCCCAAAAGUCAACUGGUACCUGAAUGGACGACUUAUUCGCAAAAGCAAACGAUUCAGACUACUCUAUGAUGGCAUUCACUACCUUGAGAUUGUGGACUGCAAGUCUUAUGAUUCAGGAGAAGUCAAAGUCUUGGCAGAGAACCCUGAAGGUGCAGUGGCACAUUCUGUGAAGUUUGAGAUUCAACAGAGGGAAGACUUCCGAGCAAUUCUCCGUCGGGCCCCAGAAAUUAAGCCUCCUACAACUGUUCAAGAGCAUGGCAGAGUAUCGUUUGAGGUUAUUAAACCUGAGAAGUCCUCAGAAACCUCCAAAGAGUCAAAAGAGGUGGUGAAGCUGAGGAAAGCGGAGAGGGUAACCCAUGAGAAAUUAACAGAGGAAUCUGAAGAGCUGAGAAGCAAAUUUAAACGCAGAACCCAGGAAGGCUACUACGAAGCAAUUACUGCAGUUGAACUAAAGUCCCGUAAGAGAGAUGAGUCCUAUGAAGAUAUGCUCAGGAAGAGAAAAGAUGAACUCCUUCAUCAUACCAAAGAACUAACUGAGGCUGAAAAGAAAAGGGAAGAAGAGGAGCAUAAACUCACUAUUCCCAAAAUCAAACCAGAUAAAAUAGUACUUUCACCCAGUAUGGAGGCUCCAAAAAUUCUGGAGCGUAUUCAGAGUCAGACAGUUGCCCAAGGCGAUGAAGUACGCUUCCACUGCAGAGUUGUUGGUAAACCAGAACCAGAAUGUCAGUGGUUCAAGAAUGGUGUUUUGCUGGAAAAAUCAGACCGAAUUUAUUGGUACUGGCCUGAGGAUCACGUCUGUGAACUGGUUAUUAGAGAUGUGUCCACUGAAGAUUCUGCUAGUAUCAUGGUCAAAGCCAUGAACAUUGCAGGAGAGACCUCAAGCCAUGCCUUCUUACUGAUUCAAGCAAAACAAGUUGUAUCAUUUACUCAAAUGCUAGAAGAUCAAAACGCCAAAGAAAAGGACACCCUGGUGACCUUUGAAUGUGAGACCAAUGAGCCUUUUGUCAAGGUUAAAUGGCUGAAGAACAAUGCAGAGAUUUUCUCUGGAGACAAGUACAGGAUGCACUCUGACAGAAAGGUGCAUUUCAUGUCUGUACUCAUCAUCAACAUGAGUGAUGAAGCAGAAUACAGCUGCGUAAUCACCGAUGACGACCACAUAAGAACUACUGCAAGACUUUAUGUUGAAGGGGCACCACUUGAAAUUGUGACGAACCUUGAGAAUACAGAAGUACCAGAGUCAUAUGCUGGGGAGUUUGAGUGCGAAGUGUCCCGCGAAGAUGUUGAAGGCACUUGGUACUUUGAGAAUGAAGAGAUAACUCCUAGCCUUAAAUAUGUUGUGUCCUCCCGUCGUGGUCGCCACAGCCUAUCUGUUAAAGAUGUAAAAAAAGAGGACCAAGGCAAAUACACUUUCAUAGUGGGUGACCUGAAGACAAGUGCUUCCCUAAAGAUGAAAUUGCGUCCAGUUACACUGAUGCAAGGUCUGUCUGACUUGACAAUAUGUGAGGGGGAUAUCGCCCAGCUGGAGGUUCGAUUCUCUCAAGAAAAUGUGGAGGGAACUUGGAUGAAGAAUGGUCAAGCCAUCUCGGCCACAGAUAGAAUCCAUAUUGUAAUUGACAAACUGAACUAUAAGCUUUUAAUUGAAGAUGCGAAUAAAGAUGAUACUGGAAUCUACUCCUUUGUUGUCCCCACCCAAGAUAUCUCCACAACUGGAAAGCUUCUUGUUCAAGCUAUUGACUUUUUGACACCAUUAAAGGACAUUUCUUCAGUAGAGGGUACAAAGUCUGUUUUUGAGGCCAAGAUUACUGCAGCUGAUGUGAGCUCAGUGAAAUGGUACCAUCAUGACAAACUGGUGAUACCCAGCGACAGAGUGCAAAUGGUCGCAAAGGGUUCUAAACAACGUCUCGUGUUGAACAGGACCUAUGCUUCUGAUGAAGGACAGUAUACGAUGGUUGUUGGGCGUGUUGAUUCAACAUGUAAACUGACGGUUCAAAAAAUCAGCAUUGUAAAGCACAUGGAAGACUGUGUUUGUACAGAGACUCAGAAUGUCACAUUUGAGGUUGAAGUAUCUCAUCCAGGAAUUGAUGCUCUCUGGACAUUUAAGAGUCAACCUCUAAAGGCUGGUCCAAAGUACAAAAUUGAGAGCAAAGGCACCUGUUAUAGCCUCACCGUCCUUAAUGCCAUGAAGGAUGAGGAGGGAGAGUAUGUCUUUGCUGCUGGCGAGAAGACAUCUAGUGCAAAGCUUAUUGUUUCAGGUGGUGCCAUAAGCAGACCACUUUGUGAUUUGACAGUAGCAGAGUCCCAGUCAGCGGUGUUAGAGUGCAAAGUUGCAAGCGCAUCUGCUGAGGGAAAGUGGCUUAAGGAUGGACAUCCUGUUAACUUCAGUGACAAUGUCAGGAGUGAACAGGAUGGGACUGUAAGAACCCUUGUCAUUGACAUGACCAGACCACAGGAUAUUGGCGAGUACACAUACCAGGUUGCAAACUCUAAGACAUCUGCCAACCUGAAGGUUGAAGCUGUUAAGAUCAGAAAGACCAUGAAGAACCAAACUGUCAUUGAGACACAAGAGGCCGUGUUCAGUAUUGAACUCACUCAUUUGGACGUGAAAGGGGCCCAGUGGAUCAAGAACGGAGUAGAAAUCCUUCCCAGUGAUAAAUAUGAAAUCACAAUAGACGGCAUGAUUCACACCCUGAAGAUUAAAAAUUGUAACGCCCAGGAUGAAUCUGUUUAUGGAUUCAAACUUGGAAAACUCACUGCCAAUGCAAGACUCAAUGUUGAGACUAUCAAAGUUGUGAAGAAGCCAAAGGAUGUCACAUCAUUGGUGGGUGGCACUGCUUCAUUUGAGCUGAGCCUAUCACAUGAUGACAUUCCAGUUACAUGGAUGCUCAAGAACCAAGAACUCAAGCCAAGCUCUAAUAUUAAGAUACUUUCAGAAAGAAAAGCCCACAAGCUGGUUAUUCAGAGUGUGGAAGAAAGCAUGACAGGAGAAUACAUUGCUGUCAUUGGACAUUUGCAGUGCAGUGCACACCUACAUGUUGAAUUGUUGAGGGUCACAAAGCCCUUGAAGAAUAUUGAGAUUCCUGAGACCCAGGUGGCCACAUUUGAAUGUGAAGUUUCACAUUUUAAUGUCCCGUCCAUGUGGCUGAAAAAUGGAGUUGAGAUUGAAGUGAGUGAGAAGUUUGGAAGUGUGGUGCAGGGCAAGCUGCACCAACUAAAGAUCAUGAACACCAGCAGAGGUGAUGCUGGAGAGUAUACAUUUGUCUGUGGAAAUGACAGUGUCUCAGCCACCCUGACUGUUAACCCCAUUCAGAUCACCUCCAUGCUCAAAGACCUCAACGCUCAAGAGAAGGACACCAUUACAUUUGAAGUGACUGUUAAUUAUGAGGGUGUUACCCACAAAUGGCUGAAGAACGGUGUAGAGAUUAAAUCCACUGACAGAUGCCAAACUCGUUCCAAAAAGCUCACUCACUCUCUCACCAUCCGCAACGUGCACUUUGGGGAUAGUGCAGAGUACAAGUUUGUGGCAGGAUCUGCUCAAACAUCAGCAAAGCUGUUUGUUGAGGCUCGUGUCAUUGAGUUUACAAAACACAUCAAAGAUAUCAAGGUGACUGAGAAGAAAAAGGCCAUCUUUGAAUGUGAGCUCUCUGAGCCCAAUGUUCAAGUCACAUGGAUAAAAGAUGGGGAGGAACUUGAAUUAUCUGACAGGUUUAAAGCUACUACAGAUAAAUACCUUCAGCGCUUGAUGAUCCAGAGCAUUCGCAUGUCUGAUGCUGGUGAAUACUCUGUGGUUGCUGGGUCAAGCAUGUCCAAGGCUCACCUCACAGUCGAGGGCAAAGAUGUUCACAUUUCGGAGCCUGCUGAGAAAGAAAUAAGGGUGGUUGAGAAGCAAAGAGCCACUUUUGAGUUUGAAGUCAGUGAGGAUGAAAUUGAAGGUCGCUGGCUGAGAAAUGGUGUCGAGAUCCAAUUCUCUCAAGAGAAGCGUUUCAACUAUGUGGUUAUCAGAAAGGUGCAUCGCUUGACAAUUGCUGAAACUCACCAGAGUGAUGCUGGGGAAUACACUUUUAUUGCUGGGAAGAACAGGAGCACAUUGAACCUGCAUGUCAACAUUCCUGAGCCUCCUCAGAUCAUCAGGCAUAUGGAGCCUUUGUCUGUUGAGGCUGGUAAACCUGCACGCUUCUCUGUGGAAGUGACUGGCAUCCCUCAGCCCCAGGUCUCCUGGUAUAAGAACUCUCAGGCAUUAUCUGCUGGAUUCAAGUGUAAGUUCCAGAGAGAAGGAAACGAACACACUUUGCUGCUCAUUGAAGUUUUCCCAGAGGAUGCAGCUCAGUACACUUUUGAAGCCAGAAAUGAUUUUGGUCAGGCCACCAGCUCAGCUGUACUCAAUGUAGAAGUUUCCGAAGUGGUUUCUCCAGAUGUUGGAGUUCCACUGUCUCCACCUGUGAUACUAUCUCCUCUACAUGAUGUAUCUGUUGAAGAGGGAGAGUCUGCCAGAUUCCAGUGCCAUGUCUCUGGACAGGAUCUGAACGUUACUUGGUACUGCAAAGAUAAGGAGAUUAAGCCAUCAGACAACCUCAGAAUGUCCCAGUACGAUGAAAGCUGCCAGCUGGAGAUUGUCAGAGUCUAUGCUGAGAAUGAGGGGCCAUACUCCUGUGUUGUUCGCAAUUCCUCAGGGAUGGUCUCUUCUUCAGCAGGUUUAAGAGUCAAUGAUUUUUCUCGCAUGGCUGUGUGUACUGAAGAGGACUCUUACACCACAAACAAAACCUUUGAACUUGUGCCAGAAUCUAAAUUCUAUUCAGAAACAUUCGAGAAAAAAAUGGAAAAGCCAGUUUUUGUAACCAAACUCUCCCCAGCAAUUGUAACCGUGGGAAACACAGCUAAAUUUACUGCAACUGUAGCUGGAGUUCCAAAACCUGUUGUUCAGUGGUACCACAAUGGCCAAGUCAUAACCACUUCAUCUAUUUAUACAUUUGUGCAAGAGAAUGAAGAAUAUACUCUGGUUAUAAGCAAUGUUAAAAAGGAAUUCGAGGGAGAGUAUACUUGUACUGCAAGCAACAGGUUUGGCAAAUCAACAUGUGCAUCUUAUCUUCAUGUUAAACUGAAAGAUGUCAAAAAAGUAGAGCAGGUCAUCGGCCAACCUCCAUAUUUUACAAAAGAAAUUGAGUCUGUGCAAUGCACAGUUGGAGGCCAGGCUGUUUUUGAAUACAAAGUUACAGGUUCUCCAUUUCCUGAAGUUCAGUGGUUCAGAGGCAGCCAUCGUAUUCAACCUAGUAAAUAUUGUAUUGUUAUUAGUAACGUUGAUGGAUCUGGCUGCAUAAAGAUAAUGGAAAUUCAGCAAAGUGAUGGUGGUUUCUAUUCAUGUAGGGCAACCAACCCACUGGGAGAAGCAUUUUGCAAUGCAGAACUAAUUGUCUUCCUUGAUACUGUAUCAACAUCCCAACGACAAGAACAAGUUGCUUCAAAGAAGCAAAAAACAUACAAAGUGUCCAUGUCUGAGCAUGCCACUGAAUCCCGUUUAUACAGUGUAAGUCUUUCUGGACGUGCCAGAGCUAGUUUGCAGGAAGGACACCAAAUGAUUUAUACCAUUGGCACUGAAGACAGACAGGUAGUAUCAAGUGAACAAGUAGAUACUCUUUGUGAGUUAGAUGUUUCAUCUGCAACUGUGCACAGAGAGCAGGUAACUCACCAAGCUGCAGUUCUUCAGUCUCAUGAAAUGCAAGAAAGAGUAGCUGUUGCUUCAACAGAGUCACAUCAAGCUGUGGCAGCACCUCAGAAACAGCUCCACAUGGCUGCAAUGGCCUCUGCUAUCCAGGAAAACCAAGGCUUUGUGGAACAGCACUCUGAUCGUAUCGAAAGUCCUGAGGUUAUAGAUCAUGAGCUCACCGAGGAACAGCCCUCACAGGUGAUGUCUGCCAUUUCUCAGAGUGUAACCCCUCUUACAAUUGUGAAAACUGACCCUAUAACUUGCAAAGAAGGAGAAAGCAUACAUGCCAUUCCCGAACCAAAACAUGCUGUAAGUAGUCAUCAGGUUGAGACAAAGCUGGCCAUCUUAAAUGAAGAAUACCAAAAUAUUCCUUUCCCUGAAGAGGAGAAAUCGUUCAGAGUUGCAGAAGGGGUUAAGUUAUUGUAUUCUGCAGUAUCUUCAGAGAACCUUCAAGUUACAGAGGCUCAUUCUUCUACAUUGCCGUCCUUGGGGUCUACUGAAUCUUUAAUCGGAAAGGAAAAACCCAAACCAGUACAUACUUCUGUAAGUGAAGUAAAGCACACUCUUUCAAAAGAAAAUAAUUUUGAGAUGGACAAACCAGUUGCAGAAGUUGCACAGUUGUCCAAAGACCAAAUAUUAAAAUCAGCCUUUAUUGCUGAGGAAAAGCAUACACUUCAUGCUGACAAAACAACAACAAUUCCAGGUCUAGAUAGUCCUGAUUCAGUUCAUUCACAGAAAGAAGAGGAUCAGGUGCUUCAUUUACAGGUAAUCUGUGAUCAAGAUACUCUUCCAUCUCCGGGUAGAUGUAUUUGUGAGAAACCAAUAACUGAGCAAGCUGAUGGCAGGAAAAGCUCAACUCUUAUCCAAACAAUGUCUGUGGAUGAGCAGACAGCUGUUCAUUGUGAGCAUGUAUCACAGUUUUCUUCUGAGAAGAUAACAGAAUGUCUAAAACCACAGAAAGAGGCUCCGACCAAGAUGUAUCUUCAGUCUAUGCAGACAGAGAAUACUUUAUACAAAGAAGGAUUACUUUCAAUAGAAGAACCGGAUCAGCAAAAAGCAUCACAGAGACAAGAAAAACACCGUAAACAUGCAGUUACUACUGAGGAGAAGUUAACGUUGAUAGCAGAUUCCUCCAAAGAUCUUGAUGUUUCUGUGAAAGGGCUGAAACCUGAACACAGAAAAGAACCCAAACCUUUGAGUGUUCUUCAUGUGGUCUCCGAACCUAUGCAACUACCAAAGGAACGUCCAAUUGCUAGUUGUGAUAAAGAGCAUCAUGCACUUGUACAAAAGGAGGACCACUGGAAUAUUACGCAUGCAGCAUCAGUGUUAGACAAAUACGCAAUAGAGGAGGGUCACACAGAUAGUGUAAAUGCAGUGGAGAAGUUGACUUGCAAAGUAGAUUUCGAGCCUAAACUGUCAACACAGUCUGUGCAUAUUGAGGAACAGGCCAUAUCGACUGAAAGCUGUGCCACUCUUGAGGCUGCUGAGCAGGAUUAUGCUGUUCAUAUUCAAGAGGGUAAAUCAGUGAAGCGGUCAAUGCUAAUUGAAGAGAAGCAAACUCUGAUGGGUGAAAUAUCUCAGGAUAUUAAGAAAUCAGAGUCAACAACAAUAAAUAUUCUGACUGAGCCUUCUGAACCUCUUCUGGUGACAGAGUCUCAAGAAAGCAAAGCACUUCCCAAGGAACUCACAUUUGUGAUUCCUGCUCCAAAACUACACAGCUUGGACAUCAAGCAUCAAUUAAAAAAUGCAUUACAGUGUGCAGUGGCCUGUGAUCAGCCAUUAAUCCUGGCAGAUGUUGUAGGUCGUUUAAGAGUUGUUGAAGUGAAGGAGGUUAAGGUCCAUAAGGAACCAAAGUACGCAAUGUUCUCUUAUCUUAUUACAACUACAUCUGCCCCAAUGGAAAUAACAAUUGCUUUUGAGGGUGAAUAUCCUCAAAUAGCUGAUCUUAGGAGUGAGCUUCAGUCUGUCUUAAACUCUAUAGUUUACCAGGAACAUCAGGUCUUCACUUCAGAACAGCCUGAGACAAUGCCAGUCCUUAGACCUGAGCGGGCUCAGUUUAGAACAGCUACUUCAAAAGAGAUGCUCUCACCAGUGGUAGAGUCUGUACGGUUAACUGAAAAUGUGGAAGUGUUUGCAUCACCAAAGGGUCAGUCAGCUGCUUUGAAGACUGAAGCCAAAGAAUCUUUCCAGUAUAUAGCUGACCAGGAACAAAUUAUAGUCCAAGAGUCAAAACAUCAAGUGAUUCAGAAGGCCGUUGAAACAAAAUCUUUUAUCCGGGAAUCAAAUCAGACUGGAACACAAGAAAUGAAAUCUGUGUCAGUUCAAGAAGAUUUUGAAAGUAUCACUACUGGCAUACCAGUGCCACCAUCUCCAGCAGAAAAGCCUACAGAUGUCCUUAUUGAGAAACAGAACAGGGUAGAAUUGAUAAAAGAGGACAAAACAUUGAAAAGAACAUCAGAACAGAGUUUGGCAAAGAGAAUUGCUUUUGAAUUGCCAUUAGAAGAUAUUGCUAUGGUGGAGAACUCUGUGGUUACAUUUACUGUCCAUAUCAAAAACGUGAACCAAGUUAGCUGGUUUUUCAACGGCAAAUUGAUCAAAUCUGGCAAAGAGUUCAAAUGCUCUAAACACUUUGAUACGUAUACCUUAGUAAUCAGCAAAGUUACAAAGGAAAAACAUGAAGGGGAAUACACAUGUGAGGCUGUGAGUGAAGGUGGCAAGGCCUCAACAUCAUCGAGACUCACAAUUCUUUCAAGAGUGCCACCAGUAUUCAAGAAAAAAAUCCAUGACCUUGAAACCAAAGUUGGCAGUGCUGCGAAUUUCGAAUGCGAAAUAGAAGAUGCUCCAAACGUCAUCUUCAAAUGGUUGAAGUCUAACUCUGAACUCAGACAAAGUGAGAAGUACAGGAUCAUCAGCCACCAUACCACAUCACGUCUAGAGCUCCUGAACUCAACCAAGGAAGACGGUGGGGUGUACACUUGCUGUGCUUCCAACAAACAUGGCACUGAUAGCUGCUCUGCUAACCUGAACAUCACUGAACCAAAAAUUCCACCAACCUUCACUAAAAGGCCUCUAGAGCAUUUUGAGGAGACUGAGGGUAAAUUGGUGAAACUUGAGGGACGUGUAUCUGGAUCACAGCCACUGUCCAUCAGCUGGUACAAAGAUAACAAGCAAAUUUUCAGUUCUGGCAACUGUGAAAUGUCCUUUGAGGGCAAUGUGGCUGUGUUAUGUAUUAAGAAAUCCCAAACAUCAGAUAGUGGCACAUAUACUUGCAGUGUCUCUAAUGAAGCUGGCACUGUGUCCUACAAUGUGGUGAUAAGCAUUGCAGCAAAACAAAUGCCACCAGCCUUUGAUCUGAACCUUCAGCCUAUUACAGUGAAUGAGGGUGAGAGACUUAGCCUUAGCUGCCAUGUUUGUGGUUCUCCGCCACUCUCAAUCCAGUGGAUGAAGGACAGGAGAGAGGUGACUUCCUCUGACAAUUCCAAGAUCACAUUUGUGGAUGGCACUGCCACACUGAUCAUUGCCAAGACAUCCAGAGAUGAUGCAGGAGACUACCUAUGCAAAGCACUGAACAAUGUUGGUAGUGAUUUCUCUAAGGCCAAGGUCACCAUCAAAGCAGGAGCAGAACCUGCAGCAGCUCAAACAGCACCUUCAGCACCUCAGCCUGCUCAGAAACUGGACAACUUGUUCUUCAUUGAGGAACUUAAGAGUGUCCGUAUGGCAGAGAAGGGAACUGCGACCUUCAUCGCCAAGGUUGGCGGGGAUCCCAUUCCUAAUGUGAAAUGGAUGAAGGGCAAAUGGAGGCAGAUGACUCAUGGUGGUCGCAUUGCCAUUGUGCAGAAGGACCAAGAGUCCAAGCUGGAAAUCAGAGAUGUGACCAAAUCUGAUGCUGGCCAGUAUAGAUGUGUAGCCUCAAACGAACAUGGACAAAUCGAAUCCAGUGCUAACCUGACUGUUGAUGAGAGGAAAGAGAUUACACCUGAAAUGGUCACAUUGAAGAAGACACCAUCAAAGCAGAAAAGUCCAAAGGAGGACAAAGAUAUUGACAUCGUUGAGCUGCUAAGAAAUGUCGACCCAAAAGAGUAUGAGAAAUAUGCUCACAUGUACGGGAUUACAGACUAUCGCGGUCUUCUUCAGGCCAUUGAGCAGCUCAAGAAGGAGAAGGGUGAAGAAAGUGGAAGACCGGAACAUGGACGUAGCAGAGAAUCCGAUAAGGAAUUGAGUCGGCUUGUGGCCGAUUUGCAGAGAAGAAUGGAACAAACUGAACCCAUUACCCUGCUUAAGGACAUCAGAGAUCAGAGUACCAAAGUUAACACAGAAGCUGUGUUUGAGUGUGAAAUUAAGAUCAACUACCCAGAAAUCACACUGUCUUGGUACAAAGACUCAAAGAAGCUUGAGAACAGCAGUAAAUAUGACAUUAAAGUCAUGGGUGAUCGCCACUUUUUGAAGAUCAGGAACGUCCAGAUGAGUGACCAGGGAAAUUACCGUGUCGUCUGUGGCCCACACAUCUCCAGUGCCACACUGUCAGUUGCAGAGAGCGAUGAGAACAAGCAGAAACCUUCUCUUGCUGAUCAAAUCCAGUUCACUAAGCGCAUUCAAAACAUUGUGGUGAAGGAACGGCAGACUGCCACGUUUGAGUGCGAGUUGUCAUUUGACAAUGCAGUCGUCACAUGGUACAAAGACUCUUGGGAACUUAAAGAGAGUCCAAAAUAUGCCUUCCGAUGUGAAGGACAACGUCAUUUCAUGAUCAUCCAUAACGUAACGUCUGAGGAUGAAGGCGUAUACUCAGUGAUUGCACGACUGGAGCCCAUUGGUGAAGCUAAAAGUACAGCUGAGCUAUACCUUUCAGGCAAAGAAAUUGAUCUAGGAACAAUUUCUUAUGAUGUCUCAGAUACAACAAUACAAGUGCCCGAGGUGUCGUCUAUGAUUAGUUUUAAAGAUGAGUCAACAGAAUAUUAUCAUUAUGAAGAAAAGACUGAAGUAACAGCGUAUGAGAGUUGGACAGUGCAAGAAGAAAGAAUAAUUAAUGAAGUCACAACAACUCAAGAACGGAAGGAGCCCAUUGAAGAAACCGUAACCAAAAUGGUGGUGCAAAAGACUGAAGAAAAACCUCAUCGAGAACCUGAAGUCAUGCCCGUAGAGGAAACAGUCCCGGUAACAAUUGUGCCGGAGUCAAAACAACAACCUACACCUAAAGACAUUCUAAAACCUGCAGUUCUUGAGGCACCUAAGUCCAAACCUCAGCCGUCAACUGAACCUAAAGCGGUACCAGUAGCUGUAGCUGAGCCAGAGCGUAAAACUGAGCCGAAACCUGAGCCAAAAGCUCCGCCGAAGCCAGAUGUAAAACCUGAAACCAAGUCAGAACCUAAGAUUUCAGUUACAAAGAAACCUGAGCCCACACCAGUGAGAGCUCAUGAGGUGCUGAAAACAACAGAAACACCAAAAACAGUACCAGAUAAAAAAUCAGACCUUGCAUCAUCAGUUGCCCCUGAAAUACCAAGGGUGACAAAACCUAAACAGGAAUUGUCUGCAGCAGUGAAAGCUGAGCCAAGUAAAAAAGAAGAACCUGCCCUUGUCCCAGCAAGAAAACAAGAGACUUCACCAGUUCCACUUGAAGUGCAAAAGACAGAUGUGUUUAAAAUACCAGAACUUACACCUCCCUCUAGAGAGCUGGUAGAAGUCCAAGUGGCUAAAAAACCAGAACCUACACCUGUGUCUCAAGACAUUCGGAAACCAGAACCAAGUAGAAAGCCUGAGUUACCAUCAAUCACUAAAGCAGAGUCAGUUAUUAAAGAAGAGCCUAAAGUUGUUCUCCAGGAAGCUCCAAAAGUAAAGCCAGAGCAAAGUCAGUGUCCCCCAGAGCUACCACUAGCAAAAUCUGAACACAUCCAGGAGAAAGAACAGACACCUGAUCUUAAAAUGAAGUCUCCCCCAAAGAGAGUCUAUACAGCUCCAAAGAGACUUGAACAAACGUUAGACACAGUGGACAGUUCUGCUGAAACAGAGAAGGUGGAGCAAGUGGAUUCAAGAGAAGAUCUUUCAUCCAGAGGUCUGGACAUUGUAUGUCAGCUUGAAGAGACUCCAGAGGUUUACAUAGAGAAGAAGCUGGCUCGCGAUGAGCAAGUUUUUAAACCAGAGGAUUCAUUGAGGAAAAAGAGCUUGCUUUCUACAGAAACGGUAACAAAGAAAGAGAGCCCUGAAAUUAAGGUUGUACCAAAUAUACAAGCGAUGCAACCAGAAACCAAGAUGAUGUCUGACGCGUCUGAUGUUGUGAAAGAAGUUGAAAACCUUCCAGACUUGGUGCUCAAGAGCGAUGUGCCACAAACUAAGCCGGAAUUUGUCGAUCAAGUCGUGACACCAAAAGAGGCUGCGUCUGUGAAAGUAAUAUCCAAAGAAAAUGAGAUUAAAAUGAAGAAAGAGCUUAAAAUGCCUGAAAGAGUGCCAGUUGAUGAGAAGAAGCCAAUACCUGAGGCACCAAAGCCAACAGUGACGCCACAAAAAGUUUCUCCACCUCAAGUUAAAGAGCCAGCUGUGGAGAAGAAGGCAACCCCUGAGGCACCAAAGCCAACGGUGGUGCCAGUUGAGAAACAAGUCUCUCCAACUCAUGUUAAAGAGCCAGCCGUGGAGGAGAAGGCAACACCCGAGGCACCAAAGCCCACAGUGGUGCCAGUUGAGAAAAAAGUCUCUCCACCUCAAGUUAAAGAGCCAGCUGUGGAGAAGAAGGCAACCCCUGAGGCACCAAAGCCAACGGUGGUGCCAGUUGAGAAACAAGUCUCUCCAACUCAAGUUAAAGAGCCAGCUGUGGAGAAGAAGGCAACACCCGAGGCAUCAAAGCCCACAGUGGUGCCAGUUGAGAAAAAAGUCUCUCCACCUCAAGUUAAAGAGCCAGCCGUGGAGGAGAAGGCAACACCCGAGGCACCAAAGCCCACAGUGGUGCCAGUUGAGAAAAAAGUCUCUCCACCUCAAGAGCCAGCUGUGGAGAAGGUGGCAACACCUGAGGCACCAAAGCCACUGGUGGUCCCAAUUGAGGAAAAGGUCUCUCCACCUCAAGUGUUCCUCUUCAUGUCUAGUUUGAAAUUUUGUAAUGCAGCAGAUCUGUCCAGUAUAAUAUUAAUUCUUGACUGUGAAAUUGGCAUGCUUGUAUUUAAAGAGCCAGCUGUGGAGAAGGUGGCAACACCUGAGGCACCAAAGCCAUUGGUGGUCCCAGUUGAGAAAAAAGUCGCUCCACCUCAAGAGCCAGCUGUGGAGAAGAAGGCAACACCUGAGGCACCAAAACCCACAGUGGUGCCAGUUGAGAAAAAAGUCUCUCCACCUCAAGUUAAAGAGCCAGCUGUGGAGAAGAAGACGACCCCUGAGGUACCAAAGCCCACAGUGGUGCCAGUUGAGAAAAAAGUCUCUCCACUUCAAGAACAACCUGUGGAGAAUAAGCCGACGUAUGAGGCGCCAAAGCCAACAGAGACUCUAAUUGAGAAAACAGACUCGCCUCCUCAAGAUCACGGUCCUGUUCAAACUCCUGGGCCAGUCCAGAAAGAUGGAAAACCCAAGGAAGAGACACCAUUUGGCAGAGGCAGAGGGCUUAAACCACGCCAAACUCCAUCUCCUGGUGACCCAGGACGUGGAAGAGGGCUCAGACCCGGUGGUGGAGGUGACAAACCUCCUGGAGAGUCACCCUUUGCUUUCCAGCUUAAGGCUGUCCCUCUUAAGUUUGUGAAAGAGCUUAAAGACGUUGUGUUGCUGGAAGCUGAGUCUAUUGGUUCCUCUGCUGUGUUUGAGUGCCUGAUUUCUCCUUCUACUGCUAUAACUUCAUGGAUGAAGGAUGGAAGUAACCUGAGGGAAGGUCCAAAGCACAAGUUCACGUCUGAUGGAAAAGACCGAAAACUGGCCAUUAUUGACGUUCAACUCUCUGACAGAGGGGAAUACACAUGUGUUGCCAAACUGGGAAAUAAAGAGAAGACCUCCACUGCCAGACUUAUUGUUGAAGAGCUGCCUGUUAAAUUUACCAAGACCCUGGAGGAGGAGGUGAAUGUGCUCAAGGGACAACCCAUGUACUUGACCUGUGAGUUGAACAAAGACCGAAAUGUGGUCUGGAAAAAGGACGGCAAUGUACUCGAAUCAGUUGCUGGCAAGGUUGCCAUCAAUAUUAUUGGACUGCAACAUGCUGUGACAAUCCAGGAUGCGAAUGAUGCUGAUGCUGGGAUUUACACAUGCGAAUGUGAAAAUCUCACCACUCAAACAACUGUGAAGGUUAUGGAGAUCAUCAGAGACUGGUUGGUGAAACCACUGAGGGACCAGCACGUGAAACCAAAAGCCACUGCUACCUUCAAGUGCGAGCUCUUCAAAGACACUCCCAACUGGAAAUGGUUCAAGGGAAAUGAAGAGAUUCCAAAUGAACCUACAGAUAAGACUGAAGUCAAGAAGGAUGGAAAAGACAUCACCUUGACUAUUAAGAAUGCUCAACCAGAUGAUGUUGACGAGUAUUCCAUGGAAGUUGAGGGUAAACGAUACGCAGCAAAGCUCACACUUGGAGAGCGUGAAGCUCAGAUCCUGAAACCUCUUGCUAGUGUGGAAGUGGUUGAAAAAGAGGAGGCCAAGUUUGAUACCGAAAUCUCUGAGGAUGAUGUGCCUGGAGAAUGGAAACUUCAAGGGCAGGUCCUAACAAGAUCACCGACAUGUGAUAUCAAAGCUGAGGGAACAAAGCGCUUCCUUACUCUGAAAAAUGUUCAGCUUGAUCAGGCUGGUGAAGUUACAUACCAAGCUUUGAAUGCUAUGACGAGCGCUAUGCUUACAGUCAAAGAACUGGAAUUGGAAUUCACUGUCCCAUUGAAAGAUGUUUCUGUGCCUGAAAAGAAACAGGCCAAAUUUGAGUGUGUAAUCAAUAAGGAUGUGCCUAAAGUGAUGUGGUUUAAGGGUUCUGAUAUUAUUACAUCUGGAAAUAAUUAUGAAAUCAUUGAUGAUGGAAAAAAACACUUUUUGAUAAUAAACAAUUGUGAAUUUGAUGAUGAGGGAGAAUACACCGUUCAGGUGUUAGACAAAACAUCAACAGCAAAACUAACGGUAGAGGGUAUGAGGCUGAAGUUCAUCUCAGAAUUAAAGGAUCAAACUGUAAAGGAAACCGAAACGGCUCGGUUUGACAUCGAGCUGUCUCAUGAGAAUGUGCCACUGACUUGGUACAAAAAUGAAAUUAGAUUGCAUACAAGCAGAACAGUAAUAAUACACGUUGAAGGGACAAAGCAUAUAUUAGAACUCAAGGAAGUCACACUAGAUGAUACUUGUCAAAUAAGGGCAGAGGCUAAAGGAUUAUCAACCAAGGCUAAGCUUCUGGUUAUAGAGGCUGAUGCACGAUUCAUUACCAAGUUGCAAGACCACACUGUUGUGGAGAAAGAUGAGCUCACGCUCGACUGCGAGCUGAGCAAAGAUGUUCCUGUCAAGUGGUUCCAUAAUGAGAUUGAAAUUAAGGCCUCAAAGAUGGUUUCCAUGAAGGUUGAGGGUAAACGAAGAAUCCUCAACAUUAAGAAAGUGGAGAUGAAAAACAAAGGAGUGUAUGCAUGUGACUGUGAAACAGACAAGACAUCAGCCAACGUUAAUAUCGAAGCUCGUGAUGUGAAGGUGGUCCGGCCUAUGUAUGGGGUUGAAGUGUUCGAUGGUGAGACUGCCCGGUUUGAAGUUGAAAUCUCAGAGAAUGAUAUUCAUGGCCAAUGGAAACUAAAGGAUGAAGUCCUCACUCCUUCAGCUGAUGUUGAGAUUGUUGAGGAUGGCGCAAAACACACAUUGACACUGUACAACUGCAGAGUUGCUCAGACAGGAGAGGUCGUUUUCCAGGGAGCAAAUGCUGUGUGUGCUGCGAACCUUAAAGUAAAAGAAUUGCCCAUCACUUUCCUAACACCUUUGAGUGAUGUACAUGUAUAUGAGAAAGAUGAGGCAAGAUUUGAAUGUGAGCUGUCAAGGGAAGCAAAGACCUUCCGAUGGCUGAAGGGCUCUCAAGAGCUGAAGGCAGAUGACAGAUACGACAUUGUGACAGAGGGAAAAAGAUACGUGCUUAUUCUCAAAUCAGCUGCGUAUGAGGAUGAGGCUAAAUACAUGUUAGAAGCUGAGGACAAGAGAACCUCUGCCAAACUGGUCAUCCAAGGUAUCCGUCUUGAGUUCAUCAGAGCCAUCAAGGAUGUUACUGUAAAGGAGCGUGAGACGGCAGAAUUCAGUAUUGAACUUUCACAUGAAAAGAUUCAAGCAACCUGGUAUAAAAAUGAUGUCCGUUUGCAUCCAAGCAAAGUGGUGCACAUGUCUGAACAUGGCAAGAUCCACACUCUGUCCUUCAAGGAGGUGUCCAUUGAUGAUACUUCACUCAUUAAAGUCGAGGCUCUUGGAAAGACCUCGGAGGCCAUGCUUACAGUGCUUGAGGGAGACGCUUACUUCACGACCAAGCUACAGGACUACACAGCAGUCGAGAAGGACGAGGUUGUGUUGAAGUGUGAACUGAGCAAACGCUCUGCUGAGGUGAAGUGGUUUAAAGAUGGCACGGAGCUUAUCCCAUCCAAGAAUAUCCUUAUCAAAGCUGAUGGAAAGAAACGCAUUCUGACUAUAAGGAAAGCAGAAAAGGCAAACAUUGGUGAAUAUGUCUGUGACUGUGGGUCUGACAAAACUACAGCGAAGCUGAACAUUGAAGACCGUGACAUUAAGAUUACACGUCCACUCUACAGUGUGGAGGUUGUAGAGACGGAGACCGCCCGAUUUGAGGUAGAGAUUUCAGAAGAGGAUGUUCAUGGACACUGGAAACUCAAAGGAGAGGCUUUGCACCAAUCUGCUGACUGUGAGAUUAAAGAAGAAGCCACCAAACAUAUGCUGAUACUCUAUAAUGUACAUAUGGACAUGGCUGGUCCUGUGGACUUCAGUGCUGCCAACGCUAAAUCUAGUGCUCAUCUCAGAGUUAAAGCUCGGACAAUUCAGUUUCUGCGGCCUCUUCGGGAUAUCACAAUUACUGCUGGAGAAACGGCAACUUUUGAGUGCGAGCUUUCAUAUGAGGGCAUUGUCGUUGAAUGGUUCGUUGGAACAAGGAAAAUGGAGCCAAGUGACAUAGUGGUGACCAGAUCAGAGGGUAAACUGCACAGCCUGACUCUGAGAAACGUCGAGAUGACGGAUGCUGGUUUUGUGAAGAUAGUGGCAAAGGACUUUCAAGCCCAGGCCAUGCUUUCAGUAAAUGAGCCACCUGUUGACUUUACCAGGCCCUUGGAGGACCAGACUGUUGAAGAGGAGGCAACUGCUAUUCUGGAGUGUGAACUUUCCAGAGAAAAAGCUGAUGUCACAUGGUUCAGAGACGGGCAGGAAAUUCACAAAACAAAGAAGUAUGACAUGGUGGCUGAAGGCUGCAUAAGGAAGCUGAUAAUCAAAGACUGUACUCUUGAUGACUCCAAAGUAUACACGUGUGAUGCCAAACACUUCAAGACCUCUGCGUUCUUGAGUGUUGAGCCUCCACAUAUUGAGUUCAUGAAACCUCUUCAUGAUGUUGAGGUCAAGGAAAAGGAAUCUGCUAAAUUUGAGUGUGAAGUUUCCCGUGAAAGUGCCAAGGUCCGCUGGUACAAAGACGGCAUUGAAAUUCGAAAGGGAAAGAAGUAUGAGAUUAUUGCUAGCGGAGUGCAGCGUAUUCUCAUCAUUAGCAAGGCCGUCUUUGAUGAUGAAGCUGAAUACGAAUGCGAUGCCAGAACUGCGAAAUCUUCUGCCAUGCUUACUGUUGUUGAGGAAGAGGCUAUAUUCACAAAGAACCUGGCUAAUAUUGAAGGCACUGAAACUGAGAGUAUUAAACUGAUCUGUGAGGUGUCCAAGUUUGAUGCAGAGGUUACAUGGUAUAAAGGUGACCAGGAAUUGUUUGAGGGUGGCAGAUAUGAACAGAUUGCAGAUGGCAGAAAGAGAAUCCUUAUCAUCCAGGGCCUUCAUAUGGAGGAUGCUGGAGAGUACCACUGCAAAUUGCCCACCUCACAAACUACAGCAACACUAAAGAUCAAUGAAUUGGCAGCUGAAUUUAUUGCCAAGCCCCAGAACCAGGAGGUGGUAGAGGGUGAAAAGGCACAAUUUGUGUGCUCAGUAUCCAAAGAGACCCAUGAAGUUAAAUGGUUCAGAGGUGACGAGGAGCUUCAAACUGGGGACAAGUAUGAGUUUGUUAGUGAUGGCAAGAGAAGAGUUCUCAUUGUUAAGAACUGUGAGUUGAAGGAUGAAGGUGCCUUCAUUGCCUCCAUUGACUCUGUGAAAGCUUCUGCAGACUUGCAUGUAAUUGAAAAACUGAGGAUCAUCACUCCUAUCAAAGACACCCAAAUGAAGGAAGGACAAGAAAUUGUUCUUAACUGCGAAGUUAAUUCAGAGGGAGCUAAGGCCAAGUGGAUGAAGGAGAAUGAGACGAUGUUUGAAAGCAGCAAGUUUAUCAUGGUGCAAAGAGAUACUAUUUUCUCUCUGAGGAUCAAAGCUGCAGACAAGUCAGAUGAGGCUACAUACACCAUUACACUGAUCAACCAGCGUGGGGAACAGGUCAAAUGCUCCGCAAAAGUCAGUGUAAUAGAGGAAGAGCUCCGUAUCAUAGACCCUCUUGAGGAUCGUGAAACUGAGGAGAGGAAAACGAUCAGCUUCACUUGCAAAGUGAACAGACCAAAUGUGACUGUACAGUGGUUCAAGGGAGGAGAGGAAAUCACCUUCAGCAAACGAAUUAUUUACAGGGUGGACAAGAACAAGCACACACUAACCAUUAAAGAUUGCAUCAUGGAUGAUGAGGGUGAAUACACUGCAGCUGCUGGCACUGACAAGUCUUCAGCUGAACUGAUCAUCAGUGAGGCUCCGACUGAUUUCACCACCCAGCUCAGAGACCAGACUGUUACUGAAUUUGAGGAUGCAGAGUUUGUUUGCAAGGUUUCUAAGGAGAGGGCCACGGCUAAAUGGUACAAAAAUGGCCGUGAAAUCAGAGAAGGACCAAGAUAUCACAUGGAAAAGGAUGGAAAGACAUGCACAUUGUUCAUUAAGGAAUGCAGACCUGAUGAUGAAUGUGAAUAUGCCUGUGGAGUAGAGGACAAAAGAUCCAGGGCUCGCCUCUUUGUUGAAGAGACCCCAGUGGAAAUUGUCAGACCUCCAAAAGAUAUAUUUGAGGCCCCAGGCUCAGAUAUUUUAUUUGAGGUUGAGCUGAACAAAGAUAGGGUUGAAGUUAAAUGGAUGAGAAACAACAUGAUCAUUGUCCAAGGUGACAAAUACCAGAUGAUCAAUGAGGGCAAAGUUCACCGACUUCAGGUUUGUGAGAUCAGGCCUCGUGAUCAGGGCGAGUACAGAGUUGUCGCCAAGGAUAAAGAUGCAAGAGCCAAGCUUGAGCUUGCAGCUGUACCAAAAAUCAAGACCACAGACCAGACUCUUGUAACAGAUGCUGGAAAGCCCUUCAUGCUGACAGUUCCCUAUGAUGCUUACCCUCGUGCUGAGGCUGAAUGGUUCUUCAAUGACAUCAGCCUUCCAGUGCAAAACAUUGACACAACCACUGACAAGACAGAGUACAGGCUAAAGGACACUAAGAAGUCAGACCAGGGCCGGUAUAAAAUUGUCAUCAAGAAUAAGCAUGGUCAGGGAGAGGCUUUCAUCAAUCUGGAUGUUAUUGAUGUUCCUGGGCCUGUGAAGAAUUUGAGAGUUGUUGACACCGCUGAUGGUGAGGUCAGCUUGGCCUGGGAUGAGCCUGAGAGUGAUGGUGGCAGCAAGAUUUUGGCCUAUGUGGUUGAGAGACGUGAUGUUAAUCGCAAGGCUUGGACAUUGGCCACUAACCGGGCUGAUAUUCCAGAGUACUGUGUUGGGGGAUUGCAGAAAGACAACUUGUAUUUCUUUCGUGUGUGUGCUCGCAACAGAGUUGGCAAUGGAGAGCCAGUCUGUACAGAUGAAGCUGUCCAAGCCAAGAAUAAAUUUGAUGUUCCCGAUGCACCUCAGAAUGUCAUGGUAGGAAUUGUUAACAGGUUUGGUUGCACAGUGACUUGGCAACCACCCCUGUUUGAUGGUGGAUCUGAGAUCACGUCUUAUGUAAUUGAGCUUCGUGAUAGGACAUCUGUGAAAUGGGAGCCUGCAAUGUCAGUCCGUGCUGAGGAUCGCACAGCCACACUGAACGAUGUUGUUGAGAAUAAGGAGUAUAUAUUCCGUGUUAGAGCUGAGAAUAAAGCUGGACUUGGCAUGCCAAGUGCUGCCACUGAUCCUGUCAAGAUCAUGGAUCCCAUUGAGAGACCAAGCCCACCACUGAAUUUCGACUACACACAUCCAAAAAGAGAUUCUGUUCAGCUGGCAUGGGACAUUCCACUCAACAAUGGAGGUAGUAUGAUUACAGGAUACAUCAUUGAGAAAUGUGAAGAUGGCACAAGCAACUGGCUAAGGUGCAAUGCCAGGCUCUGCCCAGACCUUUACUAUAGGGUAUCUGGCUUGAAGUUUGGUCAGAAGUAUCACUACAGAGUAUCUGCAGAAAAUGCAGCUGGAGUUUCUGAUCCAUCUGAACAGAUUGGACCCCUCUUGGCAGAUGACCCACAUGUUGGUCCCACAAUGGAUUUGAGUGGAUUCAAAAAUGGUCUAGAAGUUUUUGUCCCCAACGCUCUUACUAUUCGUGUGCCCAUCACUGGAUACCCUACACCCAAAGCCAAGUGGAUGUUUGGUGAUAAGGAGCUUACUCCUGGAGAUCGCACCUCUAUGAUCACAAGGCCUACAUAUACUGAACUAAUCAUUACCCCCAGUGUCCGUCCAGACAAGGGAACAUACACCUUACACUUAGAGAAUGAUGUGACUUCAGUCUCUGGGGAGAUUGAAGUAAAUGUCAUUGCAUCCCCAAGUGCACCCAAAGACUUCAAGGUUGUAGAGGUGUCCAGGCAUCAUGUCCACCUUUCGUGGGAAGCGCCAGAGCAUGAUGGAGGAAGUCCUGUUAUUGGGUAUAAUAUUGAGAAGAGAGAGGUGUCUCGCAAGACGUGGGUCAAGGUGAUAUCUGGUGUGCAGGACCUUGAGCACACUGUCACAGAUGUGAUCGAGGGCAAGGAUUACUUGUUCAGUGUAACAGCUUGCAACAAAUGUGGUCCUGGGGAACCAGCAUAUACUGAUGAUGCAGUGAAUGUAUCCUCUCCAGCCACUGUGCCAGAACCACCAGAGAAUCUGAAAUGGAGAGACAAAUCUGCAAAGAGUAUUUUCCUGCACUGGGAGUCCCCUUCAUAUGAUGGUGGUGCUCCUAUAAAGGGCUACAUUGUCGAUAAAUGCCAGCGUGGCACUGACAAAUGGGAAGCAUGUUGUGAUCCAAUACCUGAACUGAAGUUUCAGGUGAAAGGUCUUCUUGAGGGACAGUGGUAUGCCUAUCGUGUGAGGGCAGUGAACAGACUUGGAGCUAGCAGACCAUGUAAGGCAACAGAUGAGAUCCUUGCUGUUGAUCCUAAAGAACCGCCAGUUAUUCAGCUGGAUGCCAAACUGCUGGCUGGUUUGACUGCCAGGGCUGGCACAAAGAUCGACCUUCCAGCAGAUGUGCUUGGAAAACCAGACCCCAGGGUGAAAUGGACCAAAGCUGACCUUAUCCUGAGGCCAGACGACCGAAUCACUAUUGACACAAAGCCUGGCCACUCUACACUCUCUAUUGCUAAGACAACGAGGGCAGACACAGCUACUUAUAUCAUUGAGGCAGUCAACACCUGCGGUCGUGCCACUGCAACAGUUGAUGUCAACAUUCUUGAUAAGCCUGGUCCCCCAGCUGCUUUUGAUAUAUCUGACAUCACCAAUGAGUCCUGUUGCCUGGCUUGGAAUGCCCCCAGAGAUGAUGGUGGAGCUCCUGUAACCAACUACAUUGUAGAAAUGAGACCUUUGGAAAAAGAGGAGUGGCAGAAGUUGUCUGCUACAGUCAAGCAGACCAUUUUUAAGGCCCGCAAACUGGUGUCUAUGAAGGAGUAUGUUUUCAGGGUAUCUGCUGAGAACCAGUACGGCAUUGGUGCUCCCACAGAGCAUGCUCCAAUUGUUGCCAAGUAUUCAUUUGAUACUCCUGGUUCCCCAAGCAGGGUGCAGCCCUCUGACAUCUCCAAGGAUGCAGUAACCUUGACCUGGUAUGAGCCUGAUGAGGAUGGCGGAAGUCCAGUCACUGGCUAUUGGGUUGAGAGGUUUGAUCCAGAAAAUGACAAAUGGAUCAAAUGCAACAAGCUGCCAGUCAAAGACACUACAUUCAGAGUGAAAGGACUGACCAAACAGAAAAAGUACAAAUUCCGUGUUCUGGCUGAGAAUCUUGCAGGACCUGGAAAACCAAGUGCUGAAACAGAUCCUAUCUUGAUUAAGGACCCAAUUGAUCCUCCAUGGGCCCCUGGCAAACCAUAUAUCAAAGACAUUGCUAAGACCUCUGCAUCGCUGCAAUGGACCAGACCAGAGCAUGACGGUGGCGCUAAAAUUGAGUCUUAUGUCAUUGAGCUCCUUAAGAGUGGAACUGAAGAAUGGGUUCGUGUGGCUGAGGAUGUGCCAGUGACGGAGCACUUGCUGAAGGGACUGAAGGAGAAGCAGGAAUACUCCUUCCGUGUCAAAGCUGUAAAUGCUGCUGGAGAGAGUGAGCCAAGUGAUCCAAGUGACCCUGUAGUGUGCAAAGACAGACUCUAUCCUCCAUCCCCACCACGCUGGCUUGAGGUGGUUAACAUUUCAAAGAUUGACUGUGAACUGAAAUGGACUGAACCAGAAAACGAUGGUGGCUCUCCUGUUACCAACUAUGUUGUUGAGAAAAGAGAUGUAAGACGCUGGACCUGGCAGACUGUGGACACUACGGUGAAAGACACAAAAUACACUGUCACUCCACUCAAUGAGGGAUCUCUAUAUGUGUUCCGUGUGGCAGCUGAGAAUGCUGUGGGUGUGAGUGAAUUCUAUGAGCUGGAGGACUCUGUUCUCGCAAAAGAUACUUUUACGACUCCUGGGCCUCCUUAUGCUUUGACUGUGGUUGCGGUAUCCAAGAGGCAUGUUGACCUGAAAUGGGAGCCUCCCAAAAGUGACGGUGGAAGACCAAUCACAAAAUAUGUUAUUGAGAAGAAGGAGAAAGUGGGCACCCGCUGGUUAAAGUCUGGAAAGACAUCAGGACCUGAAAACAAGUACAAGGUGACGGAUGUUGAUGAGGGUACCGAGGUGCAGUUCCAGGUCCGUGCUGAAAAUGAGGCUGGAGUUGGCGACCCAAGUGAACCUACAGAAAUUAUUACCAUUGAAGAUCCUAUAAGCCCACCAUCUCCUCCAAUUGAGGUUAAGAUUGUUGAUGCCAGCAGAGAGCACAUCAAUAUCACAUGGAAAGCACCAGAAAAGAAUGGGGGAAGUCCUGUUACUGGGUAUCAUGUUGAGCUGUCUGAGGCUGACACAGAUAAGUGGAUGAGGAUCAAUGCUCGUCCCAUAAAAGAGUUCAGAUUCAAGGCUGAAGAUGGCAUUAUUCCUGAGAAACAGUAUGUUCUUAGAGUCCGUGCUAUCAAUGCUGUUGGUGUCAGUGAGCCCUCUGAAAUCUCAGACAAAGUCUUUGCUAAAGAUCCAGACAGUGCACCAAAAAUUGAUUUGGAGACCCAAGACAUUGUUGUUGUUGAGGGAGAGAAGUUGUAUCUAAAGAUCCCUUAUAGAGCAAUUCCGAAGCCAUCAAUGGUUUGGAAGAAGGGUGAGGCAGAACUGAAGGCAGAUGACAGGCUGACUAUGAGAUGUGAACUCAACAGUCUUCACCUUGAGCUUCUAAAAUGCAAGCAUGAAGAUGCUGGUGUCUACACAGUCACUGUAGAAAACAGUCUGGGCUCAGCUACUGGAACAAUUAAUGUUAAAGUGAUUGGUCUGCCUGGACAAUGCAAGAGCAUCUCUCCAAGUGAAGUCACCAAGAACUCCUGUAAAAUUUCAUGGGAACCUCCAGAGAGUGAUGGUGGUAGCCCUAUUUUGCACUAUAUACUGGAGCGCAGAGAGGCUCAGAAGAAGACAUUCUUGCCUGUGAUGCCUGGAGUCAAUGUACUAAGCUUUGUAGCCAAAGACCUGAUGAUGAAUGGUGAAUAUUACUUCAGAGUUAAGGCUGUUAACAGAAUUGGUAGUGGUGAAUAUCUUGAGCUUCGCAACCCUGUCAUUACAGAGGAGCAGAAGCAGCGGCCUGACCCACCAAUUGAGGUUGAGGCACACAACCCUACCUCUCAGUCCGUUACAGUUACUUGGAAAGCCCCACCCUAUGAUGGUGGCUGUCCAAUUACUGGCUAUAUUCUGGAGAAAAUUGAGAAGGAUGGUGAUAGAUUUGUGAGAUGUGUUCCAGACCUGGUUCCUGGUUUCUCCUACACCAUCACUGGCUUGACAGAAGGCACAGAAUAUCAGUUCCGUGUUCGUGCAGAAAAUGUGGCUGGAGAAAGUGAGCCUUCCCGCAGCACUCCCCUAAUAAAGGCUGCAGAUCCUGUUGAUCCACCAAAGGUGUCACUACAUGCACGAAUUGCAUCGGGCCUGACCAUCAGGAAGGGUGAAGAGAUGAGACUAGAUGCCCACAUUUCUGGAUCACCAUACCCCACUGUGACAUGGUUCAGGAAUGAUGAGAAUGUCCAGAAGACUGUCAAGAAGAAGCCACAAUUCUUUGUGAAAAGGAAAAAGAAGACCAAGGCUUUUCAUCCCGAACCAGAGGAGGAGUUCUAUCCUCCACUUCCAGAUCGUUUGUCAUUUGACCGUAGCAAGAGAGGCGAGACUGCCAUGAUGGUGCGUGAGGCCGUCAGAGAUGAUCAUGGACUUUUCACCAUCAGAGUUGAGAAUACUCAUGGUUUUGCAACUGCAUCUUGUGUUGUCAAUGUUCUUGAUAAGCCUGGACCACCUGUAAACUUUGGAUUUGAUGAGCUCAGAAAAGACUCUGUCACAUGCACAUGGGAUGCACCACUUGAUGAUGGUGGCAGUGAAAUCAUCAACUAUAUCCUGGAGAAAAAAGACAACACCACAGAUGAAAUUGGUUGGGUUACUGUUACCUCAACCCAUAAAGGAUACAACUACCCUGUGACCAAACUCAUUGAAGGAAAAGAGUAUAUUUUCCGAGUGACAGCUGAAAACAAGUCUGGCUGUGGCCCACCAUGCUAUUCUGAGCCGCUUGUUGCAAAAAAUCAGUUUGAUCCUCCUGAUGCUCCUAACAUGCCCAGAAUUGGAGAGGUCACUGCCAGCAGUGUUGCUUUGUCUUGGCAUGAACCUAAGGACAAUGGUAGUCCCAUCUUGGGCUACUGGAUCGAGAGACGUGAGGUCAACAGCAAGUACUGGACCAGAGUGAACCGCAAUCUUCUCAGCGCCCUGGCACUGAAGGUUGAGGGUCUUAUGGAAGGCCUGGUUUAUGUCUUCAGAGUUUGUGCUGAAAAUCUUGCUGGCCCUGGAGAAUUCAGUGUUCCAACUGAUCCUGUGGUUGCAAUGGAUCCAAUCUUGCCUCCGGGUCCUCCUGUGCCAAGAAUUGUUGAUACUACAAAUACAACAGUUGAAAUUGCCUGGAUUCCUCCGUUGUACAAUGGUGGUGGAGAUAUUCUAGGAUAUCAUGUUGAGCGUUGCCUUGUUGGGGAGAAAGAAUGGAUUCGUAGCACUGAGUUCAGAUGCAAGGAAUGCAAGUACACCUUGACUGGACUGACGGAGGGAGCAGAUUAUAACAUUCGUGUAUAUGCUGUAAAUGAAGCUGGUCAUGGAACCCCAGGAAUGACUGAACCAGUUCAAGUGAAAGAGCCUGAACAGGCCCCAGGAAUUGAGUUUGAUAUCUCUGUAAGGAAUGGAGUUAUAAUAAAAGCUGGAGAGACUCUGCGUAUACCAGCUUAUGUUGUCGGCAGACCGAUACCAGAGGUAAAAUGGACAAAAGAUGAUGCUGAACCUGACAAAGAACGUGUGAUUAUUGAAACUGUUGGAAAAUGCAGCACUGUAAAUAUCAAGAAUGCUCUGAGAACUGACCAUGGCAAAUAUGAGAUCACAGGAACCAACCCCAGUGGAACGAAAUCUGCUUUUAUAAAGGUUGAUGUCAUGGAUGUUCCUGGACCAGUGGUUGAUCUCAAAACAGUCCAUGUCAGCAAGAAGAUGAUCUCCCUGACUUGGUCUGAUCCUGUUGAUAAUGGUGGAAGUGAUAUCAUGGGAUAUGUUGUUGAGAGAAAAGAUGCCAAAAUGCACAUCUACAGGCAACCACUGGAAAUUGCUUCAUGCAAAUGUGACAUUGUUGGCCUUCUUGAUGGUGAAGAAUAUAUGUUCAGAGUGGUUGCCAGAAACAAGUAUGGCCUUGGUGUCCCUGUUGAACUUGGACCUGUCCUAUCUGUGGAUCCUAAAGGUGUACCAUCUGCCCCAGAGAAGCUUCACUACACUGCAAGGACCAAGAACACUGUUACACUUGCUUGGCAGCCUCCUCACAGUGAUGGUGGUGCUCCCAUCAGAGGCUAUUAUGUUGAAAAGAAGCGACAAGACAGUGAUGAAUUUGAUGUUGCCAAUCAUCAGGUCUGCAAAGAUCUCACGAUUACACUCGAAAAUCUGAAUGAGAACAUGAUGUAUGACUUCAGAGUGAAGGCUGUCAAUGAGGUUGGCGAUGGUGCACCAUCCAGACCAAUAAAUGUCCAUAUUCAAGAUGAUGAGUUUGCCCCAACUGUGACUCUGUUGAAGUACUUCAAGAGCAAUACCAUAACUGUCAAGAAAGGAGCAGCCAUUGAAAUCCCUGCUGAAAUUGCUGGUCUGCCAUUGCCCACCUUUGAGUGGACAAAGAAUGGAGUUGUUCUUGAAAAACCAACUGAGACCAUGACACUUGAAUCUGAGGAGAUUAACAGACAAACUAUUAAAACCAAGAUUGCCAUUCCUGAAACCGUAAGACAAGACACAGGCUUGUACAAAUUAGCUGCUACAAAUAUUCAUGGGACGGGCCAACAAAUUAUCAGAGUUGACAUUUUAGAUCGUCCCUCACCACCACAAAAUGUUGUGGUCUCUGAUAUUAAGGCUGAAUCUUGCUACCUCACUUGGAAUGCUCCAGAGGACAAUGGAGGAAGUGACCUCACCAAUUAUAUUGUUGAAAAGAGGGAUGCCAGCAAAAAGAAAUCGGACUGGGAGCAACUGACAUGUUGCAUUAUGGACAGGCGCUAUGGGGUGUACAAGCUUGAAACCUAUGGCACUUACCAGUUCCAGAUAAAAGCAGAGAACAAGUUUGGAGUCAGUGAUGGGUGUGAAUCAGAGAAAGUUGUCCUCAAGGAUCCAUAUGGUCUUCCUGGUCCACCCCAGAGACCAAGAAUCCUUGGGCAUACUUGUUCAUCUAUGCUGGUAGCUUGGGAUCCUCCAAAGGACAAUGGUGGAUCAACCAUUCAGGGCUACUGGCUUGAAAAAAGAGAAAGAGGAGCUGUAUACUGGAGUCGAGUCAACAGGGCUCCUGUAACAAAGCCAGCUGUUAAAAGCUUAGAAUACAACGUGCUGCAUCUCAUUGACGGUAUCGAGUACCAGUUCCGUGUGAUGGCACAAAAUGCUGCUGGCAUUGGUCCCCCAAGUGAGGCAACCGAAUGUGUGUUUGCCUUGGAUCCAAGCAACCCACCAAGCCAGCCAACUGCACCUCAAAUGAAAGACAAGACAACAAGCAGUGUAUCUUUAGCCUGGACUCCACCAGAUAAGGAUGGUGGAAGCCCCAUUAAAGGCUAUAUUGUUGAGGUUCAGGAUGAAGGCUCAGAAGAGUGGAGAAGAGUGAAUCAACCUGAAAAGCCCAUUCUCGCUACAUCUUACACUGUGACAGGCCUCAAAGAGAACAAGAAGUGUCGAUUCAGGAUUGUUGCUCUUAAUGCUGCUGGUGAGUCCGAACCAAGUCCCAGGACUGCUGACAUUCUGGUACAGGAUAUCCUGGAGGAACCCAUUAUUACGCUUGAAGUCUCAGCUCAUGACCUGCUUUCUUGUCAUGCUGGAACAACAAUUAAAAUCCCUGCCACCGUAUCAGGCAGACCUACUCCAAAGGUCAAAUGGGAAUAUGAUGGAACUGCCACAACAGCAAUAAAGAAUGAGCAACACACUCUUCCAGUGGAGUCCGAGGUCUCAGUGACUGAUACCACAGCAGUAGUUACUAUCCCUGAGUGUAAGCUCAAGCACUCUGGAGACUACAUCAUUACUGCUUCUAAUAAAGCUGGUACUAAAGUGGUUAAAGUCCAUGUAACAGUACUUGAUUUGCCUGGGCCACCCAAAAACCUCAAAAUCAGUGACAUCACAAGAAGUACAUGCAGACUUACAUGGAAGCCUCCAGAUAAUGAUGGUGGUGCGAGAAUCAAGAGCUACUACAUUGAGAAGAAGACAGUUGAAGGAAAAGCCUGGACAAAGGUCAACCCAGCCUGUGCCAGUCAGUCCUUGGUAGUCCCAGACCUUGCUGAGGGACAAGACUACUUGUUCCGUAUUCGGGCUGAGAAUCGCUUUGGUAUUGGGCCUGCUCUGGAAACCUUCCAAAGGACAAGAGCAAAGGAUCCCAUCUAUCCUCCUGAUGCACCCACAAGAGUCAAAAUAGUUGAUGUAUCCAAGGGGACGGUGACGCUGACAUGGAAACCACCCAAAAAUGAUGGUGGAUCCCCUGUAACUCACUACAUUGUGGAACGACUUUGGUGGGAUUCUAGUGGAAAGCAGAAAGAGUCCUGGAGACAGUGCAAUAGACGCGACAUUGAUACCACGACCUUCAAAGUGGAGGACCUCCACGAGGGUGCUGAGUAUGAAUUCCGCGUCAAGGCUGUAAAUGAGGCUGGUGCAAGUAGACCAUCUUCUACUGCAGGACCCAUCAUCGUUAAGGACCAGACAAGGGCACCUUCCAUUGAGCUUGAAGAGUUCAUGGAAGUGGAGCAGGCUACAGAUAUCAGCAUUGUCGCUAAAAUCAAGGGAUGCCCAUUCCCCACACUUACCUGGCAGAAGGCCCCACCCCACAAAAGUGAUGCCAAGGUUGAUAUUGAAUAUGAUGAACAUAUCAAUAAGCUUGUGACUGAUGAUAGCUGCACUCUGCUGAUCCAGCAAGGCAAACGCUCAGACACUGGUCUCUAUACACUCACUGCCAGCAACAGCUUAGGCAAGGUCUCUAAAGAGAUGAGGCUGAAUGUUCUAGGACUUCCGGGACCUCCUUCCGCACCAAUCAAGUUUGAGGAGAUUCAUGCUGAAAAUAUCACCCUGUCGUGGCUACCUCCUAUAGAUGAUGGUGGCUCCAAAAUCACUAACUACACCAUAGAGAGACGUGUUGCUAAUAGAAAAACAUGGGUCCCUGUCCCAGGUGCACCCAAAGAGCGUAUGUUCACAAUUGAGGGUCUCAUGCCUGGCCAUGAGUAUCUGUUCCGCAUCAGGGCACAGAAUAAAUAUGGAGUUGGUGAACCUCUUGACAGUGAAUCAGAGGUUGCCAGAGAUAUUUUCACUAUUCCUGGCCAGUGUGAGAAACCAACCCUAUCAAGCAUUACAAUGGAUUCAAUGACUGUAAACUGGGAAGAGCCAGAUACAGAUGGUGGCAGUCCAAUUACUGGCUACUGGCUUGAACGCAAAGAGACCUCAUCAAAACGCUGGAACAGAGUUACCCGUGAUCCAAUCAGGCCCAUGCCUUUUGGCGUUUCUUACAAAGUUACAGAACUCAUUGAAGGCUGUCAGUACCUGUUCCGUGUGACUGCAAUCAAUGCAGCUGGAUGUGGACCCCCAAGUUUACCAUCUGACCCAACCAUUGCCAGAGAUCCAAUUGUUCCUCCUUCACCGCCAACCCCCAAAGUUACUGACUGGACAAAGACAACAGCUGACUUGGAAUGGAUUCCACCUCUAAAAGAUGGAGGCUCAAGGAUCGUGGGUUACUAUGUUGAAUACAAAGAGGAAGGCACAGAGGCAUGGGUUAAGGCCAAAGAUAAAGAAGUCAGAGGAACCAGAUUUGUAAUCACUGGGCUGAAAGAGAAUGGAUUUUACAAGUUUAGAGUGAUGGCAUUCAAUGCUGCUGGGGUCAGUGAACCAGGAGAAGUUUCUGAUGUUCUUGAAAUGAAGGACAACAUAAUUGCCCCAGGACUCGAACUGGAUCUCUCAAUGAAAGAGAGGAUGGUUUUCCAUGCAGGCGGCGUGAUCCGCCUCAUAGCAUAUGUGUCAGGCCAGCCUGCACCUGAGAUCACUUGGAACAGAGAUAGUGGAGUUGUCCCGCCAGAGGCCACUACUGAGACCACGUCAAUCAGCACGUCAUUAGUAAUUAAGAAUUGCACUAGAAAGCAACAAGGGGUGUACAGCUUAACAGCAAAGAAUGCUGGAGGAGAGGUGAAGAGGACCGUCAUUGUUGAUGUUAUUGAUGUUCCUGGUCCAGUUGGUAUACCGUUUCAAGCAGAGAAUCUUACUACUGACUCAUGCAAAUUAACAUGGUUCUUCCCAGAGGAUGACGGUGGUUCUCCUAUAUCUAACUACGUAAUUCAGAAACGUGAAGCUGAACGCAAAGCUUGGACAGCAUGCUCAUAUAAUGCUGCUAGGCAAAAUGCUGUGGUUCAGAAUCUUGUUUUAGGUAAAGGAUACUUCUUCAGAGCUGCAGCUGAAAAUGCAGUAGGAGUUGGUCCAUUCCGUGAAACUGCAUGUGAUCUUAUCAUCAGGGAACGUCUAAGUGUACCAGACCGUCCAGAGGAAGUUGAGCCCGUGGCUGUCACUAAAGACUACAUUAGUGUCACAUGGAAGCCACCAAAGAAUGAUGGCGGUUGUGAAGUGACUUCCUACGUUCUAGAAGCACGCAUGGUUGGCAAGGACAAGUUUCUGAGAUUGACCAAAGAGAAACUGAUGAACAGGAGAUUCACCUAUGAUGGUCUCCGUGAGGGUGAAGCCUAUGAAUUCCGUGUGAGUGCAGUCAACGAGAUUGGCCAGGGCAAGCCAUCCUUCUGCAGCAAAUCAAUCAUAUGCAAAGACGAGCUUGAACCCCCAAAGAUUGAACUAGACUUCCGUGACAAAAUUAUUGUUCGUAUUGGAGAAAGCUUUGCUCUGCAGGGGCGCUACUCAGGCAAACCAGCCCCUUCUGUUACAUGGUCAAGAGAUGAUGAGGUGCUGAAGAACGAUCAACAUGUUCAGAUCAAGAGUACACUAAACACCAUGUGCCUUGGCAUUAUCAAGGCUCAACGUAAACACAGCGGCAGAUAUUGUGUCACAGUUGAAAAUUGUAUUGGGGCCCGCAAAGGAAUUUGCAAUAUCACUGUAGUUGACCGACCAGCACCACCUGAAGGUCCAGUUAUUUUUGAGAACGUUCAUAGAGACCAUAUGGUCAUUUCUUGGAAGCCUCCUCUUGAUGAUGGUGGAUCUGCAGUUUCCAACUAUAUAAUUGAGAAGAGAGAUAUUAACAGGGACAUGUGGACCACUGUAACAUCAGCCACCACAAAAACCACUUGCAAAGUGCCCAAGCUUACGGAAGGCCGUAUAUACAUCUUGAGAAUCAGUGCUGAGAAUAUGUAUGGCAUCAGCGACCCACUGGAUUCUGAAGAAAUGAAAGCCAAGGAUCUUUUCAGAGUACCAGAGGCACCUGAUGAACCUACAGUUAAAGAAGUGUACCAUGAUUCAGCCCUGGUGCUCUGGAACCGCCCUCGUGAUGGCGGCAAGCCGAUUACAAACUACUACUUAGAAAAGAAGGAGCCCUCUGCUAAGAGAUGGUCCAGGGUGACUAGAGAUCCCAUCUACCCUGCUACCCAGUACAGGGUUCAAGAUCUCACUGAAGGCUGUGAAUAUGAAUUCCGUGUCACAGCAGAAAAUGAAAUUGGUACUGGAGACCCUAGUCCUCCUUCUAAGCCGAUCUUAGCCAAGGAUCCUAUUGUUCGGCCUAGUCCACCUGUUCUACCUGAAGCUGUUGACAAAACAAAGAAUUCUGUGAGUCUGUCAUGGCGUGUUCCUCGCCAUGAUGGCAAAGGCAAAAUCUUUGGAUACCUUAUUGAGUACCAGAAGCCUGGCGCAAUUGAAUGGAUGCAGGCCAAUGACACACCAGAGUCGUGCCCGGAUACCAAGUUUGUUGUGAAGGACCUACCAGAGGGUCAAGAAUUCAGUUUCAGGAUUAUGGCUGUGAAUGCAGCUGGAAAAUCUGAGCCUGCUUAUGUAAAGGAACCAGUUAAAGUGCACGACAGACUUGAGGAGCCAGAGUUGUUGCUGGAUGCCAAUAUGUCACGGGACCAUCUUGCUAUGAUUGGAACACAUAUCACGCUAAGUGCUGUGAUUAAAGGCAUGCCGAUUCCCACUGUGUCUUGGAAGAAAGAUGGUGCCGACGUUCCUGCUCACUGUGUGAUUGAAGUCACACCAAGUGGAAGUAAACUGCACAUAAAGAAAAGUACCCGUGCUGACUGUGGAAACUAUACGAUAACCGUUCAAAAUGCAGCAGGUUCCAAGUCAGCAACGUGCACAGUGCUUGUUCUUGAUAAACCCGGCCCUCCAAGAAAGCUUACUGUCUCGGAUGUUACGAGCGAGUCAGCUUACCUAACCUGGCAAAAGCCAGAGGAUGAUGGUGGUGCUGUGAUCUCUCACUAUAUUGUGGAGAAAAAAGAUGUUGCAGCUGAGAAGUGGGUGCCAGUCUGUGCCUCGUCCAAGAAGCUUAGCCUCAUGGCUUUGUACCUAAUAGAGGGUAUUCAGUAUUUAUUCCGUGUGGCAGCAGAGAAUCAGUUUGGAAGAAGUGCAUAUGUUGAAACCAGCAAGCCUAUCAAGGCACUUGAUCCUCUCUAUCCUCCUGGCCCUCCCAAGAAUUUGCACCAUGUAGAUGCAGAAAAAACCGAAGUAUGGCUUGAAUGGGAGUGGCCUGAUCGUACUGGUGGAACUGAAAUCACUGGAUUUAUUGUUGAGCAUCAAGAAGAAGGGGCCACUGACUGGGUCACCUUCAAAACUGUCAGCGAUCCCACCUGCCAUGUUACCGGACUUGAAGAAGGAAAAACCUACAGAUUCCGUGUGAAAUCACAAAACGCAAUCGGCAUUAGCCGACCAGAUACCAGUAUACCAAUUACUUGCCAAGAGAAGACUUUGGCACCAUCUAUUGACGUUGACGUGAAGCUCAUUGAGGGUCUUACUGUAAAGGCUGGAAGCACAAUUGUACUCCCUGCAAUCAUGAAAGGAAUACCAAUUCCAACACCCAAAUGGCAAACUGAUGGCAAUGAGCUAAAAACAGAGGGCAAAUACAAGAUUGAUAAUAAAGGAAGUUCAACAGUUCUAAGCAUUGCUGACUGUGUAAGGCCAGACAGUGGAGAAUAUGCACUAACUGUUUCAAAUCCUGCAGGAAGCAAGUCAGUUGCUCUUCAUGUAACAGUACUUGAUCUUCCCGGUCCUCCACUUGGACCUGUCAACAUCCUUGAGGUUACUCCUGAUCACAUGAUUAUCCAGUGGCGUCCACCUAAAGAUGAUGGCGGCACACCUUUGAUGAACUACAUUGUUGAAAAGAAGGAUGUCAAGAAGUCUUGGGAGCCAUGGUCUGUUGUGAGUUGUGGAAGUAACAGCACCAAAGCUAAGGUUCCACGUUUACAGAAGGGUCGUGAAUAUAUUGUACGCAUUCGUGCUGAGAACAAGAUUGGCAUUGGCGCUGCUCUUGAAAGUCCUCCAACUAUUGCCAAACAUAUGUUUGAUCCACCAGGCCCUCCAGGGCCACCAACAUGUUCUGAUAUCACAGAAAAUGCUGUGACACUGUCAUGGACUCCACCAGAAACCGAUGGUGGAAGUCCAAUUAGUGGCUACAUUGUGGAACGCAGGGAGAUGACUGGUAAAUGGAUCCGUGUGAAUAAAGCACCAGUCUUGGAUAUUCAUUACAGAGUCUCUGGCCUUUUUGAGGGCAACAUCUAUGAAUUCAGAAUUUUUGCUGAAAAUGUUAUUGGUGUUAGUGAGCCUUCCUAUCCUUCAGACCAAAUAAAAAUCAAACGCCCAAUUUCUCCUCCUGGACCUCCAAGUAACAUAAGACUGAAGGACUGGAGCAAGUCCUAUGCAGAUUUGGUGUGGACCAAGCCAAAUAGAGAUGGCGGUAGCCCUGUUUUAGGCUAUGUUGUUGAAUGCCAAAAAUCCGGCUCUGCACAGUGGGACAGGAUCGGUAAGGACCUUAUCAAGCAAUGCGCAUUCAGAGUCCCGGGACUUUUUGAAGGCACAGAGUACAGAUUCCGUAUUAGAGCAUCUAAUAAAGCUGGGGAUGGAGAGCCACGAGAGCUAACAGAAACAGUACUUGCCAAAGACAUCCUCAUUCCUCCAGAAAUUACUGUUGAUGUUGCUUGUCGUGACCUCCUAACAGUUCGCGCAGGUCAGGUCAUCAAUCUUGUCGCCCGAGUUAAAGGCAGACCCGAUCCUGAAAUCACGUGGACUAAGGAUGCAAGAGCUUUAGGCAGAGACAAGCGCACAGAGAUGAUUAACAACUUUCCACUGGUUGAACUAGUCAUUCAGGAUGCUGUAAGAGGAGAUUAUGGAAAAUAUGCAAUUCAAGCUAAAAAUAUCAGUGGUCAGGCACAUGCUACAACCAUUGUUAAUGUGCUUGACAUUCCUGGAGCUUGCCAGAACUUGAAGGUUGCAUAUGUGACCAAGGACUCCUGUAUGGUGUCUUGGGAAAAUCCAGAGGACAACGGUGGCAGUGAAAUUACAAAUUACAUAAUUGAGUCCCGUCAGCCUAGUCAAAGGGGAUGGACACUUGUUUCAUCUGAUUGCACCAAACGUCUUGUGAAGGCUCCACUUGUUGAGAAUUGUGAAUACUUCUUCCGUGUUAGAGCAGAGAACAAAAUUGGUGCAGGAGCACCAACAGAAACAAAAACAGCAGUCCUUGCUGUUGACCCAGUUGAGAAACCUGGUGAGCCAGAGAAUUUCCAUAUUAGUGAAAUUGGAAAAACCUUUGUCUUCCUUAAAUGGAAGAAACCAGAACUUGAUGGUGGUAGCCGCAAUCUUGCUUAUCAUGUGGAAAAGAAACCAAAAGAAGCAGAAGAAUGGGAAAGACUCCAUAGAGGUGCUAUUAAAGAGACAUAUUUCAUGGCUGACAGAUGCAUAGAAAACCAAAUAUAUCAGUUUAGAGUACAAACAAAAAAUGAAGGAGGAGAGAGCAACUGGGUGACAACAGCUGAAGUCCUUGUAAAGGAGGAACUUGUAGUUCCUGAGCUACAUGUCAAGUUGGAAGGUGUGCUGGUAGUUAAAGCUGGAGAUUCCAUACCAAUUGAAGCAGAGGUUAAAGGCAAACCACGACCAGAGGUCAAAUGGGCUAAAGACGGUGACGCUGGAGAUAUCAAUCGCAGUCCUCGUCUACAGGUUGAAACUGGUGUUAACUUCUCUAAAUUCCUGCUUACAAAUGCAAAACGAGCAGAUGCUGGAAAAUAUACUGUCACUGCAACAAAUGCUGCUGGAACCUGCACUGCUGAGGCUAAAGUGAAUGUUCUUGACAGACCUGGACCUAUUAGAGAUCUCAAGGUGUCAGGCAUUUUGAUGGAUAGAUGCAAGUUGGAAUGGAAUGUGCCCGAAGAUGAUGGUGGAUGUGAAAUUUAUAACUACAUCAUUGAGAAAUGUGAGACAAAGAGAGGUGUCUGGUCAAUUCAUUCUUCAGCUGUUAUAAAAACUUCUGCUAUUGUAACUCGUCUAAUUGAAGGAAAUGAGUACAUCUUUAGAGUAAGGGCAGAGAACAAGAUGGGGACUGGACCUGCUGUACAAACAGAGUCUGUUAUUGCAAGGACCCAGUUCAAUAGACCUGGUGCACCAGAUGCGCCUGAGGUGACCAAAGUUGCAAAAGAUGAAAUGACAGUUUUAUGGUGCUCCCCUGACAAUGAUGGUGGAAAACCCAUCACUGGUUAUAUUCUUGAAAAGAAAGAAGAACAUGGCAUUAGAUGGACACCAGUUACUAAAUCUCCUAUUAGUGAUACACGGUUCACUGUAACAGGAUUGUUGCCUAAUCAUGCAUACCAAUUCCGUGUGAAGGCUGAGAAUGAGAUUGGAGUUGGAGAUGCAAGCAAGCCAUCGAGAACAUUCACUGCAAGGGAUCCUGUUGGUCCUCCUGGUCCUGUUGGAAACUUAAAGGUGACUGAUAGUUCAAAGACAUCAAUCACUCUUGGAUGGACAAAGCCUACACAUGAUGGUGGUGCACCACUCAUUGGAUAUGUAGUUGAGCUCCGAGUCAAGGAUACAGGCAAGAAGAGAGAUAAUGGAUGGAAGAGGUGCAACGUUGCUGCCCAACUGAUUGGAACAGAGUUCACAGUCACAAGUCUGGAUGAGAAGCUUGAGUAUGAAUUCCGUGUUUCUGCACAAAACCAGAUUGGUUUGAGUCAACCAACUAAUCUUGAGGGAGCUGUUUCUCCACGAGACAUUUUUGAGGCCCCUGAACUUGUUUUGGAUGCUGAGCUGAAGAAAGGUCUUACUGUUAGAGCUGGCUGCCCAAUAAGAAUAGUUGCAACUGUCAGGGGACGACCACCUCCUAAGGUGCUCUGGAGAAGAAUGGGAAUUGAUAAUGUUGUCAUGAAGGGUCAUGUGGAUCUCAUCGACACAAUGACAUUCCUUGUCAUCCCUGAUACCACCCGUGAUGAUUCAGGCAAAUACUCAUUGACUGUAACAAGCCCAGCAGGGGAAAAAGCUGUAUUUAUCAAUGUCAAAGUACUUGACACACCUGGACCAGUUGCUGCACUGGAGGUCACCGACAUUACAACGGUAUCUUGUGACCUCUCAUGGUCCCCACCUGAAAAUGAUGGCGGCAGUGAAGUAACUCAUUAUAUUGUUGAGAAGCGUGAAAUUGAUCGCAAGACUUGGGCAACAGUCAAAGCUGAUGUCAACAAAACGACAUUUAACGUCAGCAAUCUUGUACCAGGAGUAGAAUAUUACUUCAGAGUUACUGCAGUGAAUGAGUAUGGUCCAGGUGUUCCAAAAGCCACACAGAGAUCCUAUCUGACUUCUGAUCCUAUUAGUAAACCUGAUCCACCACAGAAAGUUGAUGUUUUGGAGAUUAACAAGAACAACGCUAAGGUGGGCUGGGUGAAACCAAUGAGGGACGGUGGAGCUAAGAUCGAUGGCUACAUAAUUGACUACCUUGAGCUUCCUGAACCCAAACCAAUCAAGGAACCGGUGGCAGAAUGGACACCAUAUACCAUUGUGAAAGAUUUAUGUAUCUCUGUUGUUGGGCUGAAGGAGGGAAGGAAAUAUCGCUUCAGAGUAGCUGCACGAAAUGUCAUGGGAGCUAGUCUUCCCACUGAAACCAAAGAAGCAUAUGAGAUUAAAGAACAAAUGUUGGAACCCAAGGUUAUCAUACCAGAGCUUGUCACCGCAAAAGCAGGUGCAAAAGUAAGAGUUGAGGCUCUUGUAUCUGGGAAGCCAGCACCUACGUGUCAGUGGAAGCGAGGAGAUGACAAUGUGGUUCCUUCAAGUCGCCUUGCAGUACACAAAUCCCAGAACAUGUGUGUGCUCAUCAUCAAAGAUGUCUCAAGAACAGAUAGUGGUCAAUACAGCCUUGUUGCAGAGAACAGCUCAGGAAAGGUGGAGCAAGUGAUGAAAAUUGUCAUUAAAGAUAUUCCUGGACCACCUCAACACCCAUUUGAAAUCAGUGACAUUGACUCUGAUGCCUGCACACUGUCUUGGAACAAGCCACUUGAAGAUGGUGGUAGCAAUAUCACUAACUAUGUGGUUGAGAAAUGUGACGUGAGCAGAGGUGACUGGGUUACUGCUCUUUCCAGUUGUGGCAAGACUGGUUGCAGACUUGGGAAACUCAUUCCUGGAAAGGAGUAUAUGUUCCGUGUUCGUGCAGAGAACCGUUUUGGAAUUUCUGACCCCAUCACAUCUGAGAGGAUGAUCGCUAAAUUCCAAUUUGAUGUUCCUGGUGAACCACUGAACUGUCGUAUUACAAAAGUAAACAAGGACUGCAUGUUUGUGGCUUGGGACAAGCCAGAAUCAGAUGGUGGCAGCCCAAUUACUGGAUAUUACAUUGAGCGAAAAGAGAGGAAUAGUCUCUUAUGGGUUAAGGCUAAUGAUUCAGUUGUGCGAACAAUGGAAUAUCCUUGUGCUGGUAUAAUUGAAGGUCUGGAAUACACUUUCAGAGUGUCUGCUAUUAACCGUGCAGGACAGGGCAAACCAAGUGCAAAGACUGAUUUUGUCACAGCAAGAACACCAGUGGAUGCUCCAGGUAAACCAGAGGUCCUUGACAUUACCAAAAAUAGUGUUUCACUGGUUUGGGCCAAACCAAAGAAUGAUGGCGGAAGCAAGAUCAUUGGAUACUAUGUUGAAGCCUUGAAGAUUCCUGGAGACAAAUGGGUGCGAUGCAACAUAAGCAGUCAGAAUGUACCUCGGGAAGAGUACACUGUAUCUGGAUUGGAUGAGGGUGCCCAGUAUCAAUUCAGGGUUAUUGCAAAAACAGCUAUUAACCUCAGCAAGCCAUCUGAAGUCAGUGACCCUGUUCUGGUGUCUUCAGAGAAUGUUCCUCCCAGAAUAGAACUGGCAAUACAGAUGAAGAAGAUGACACCAAAGAAGGCUGGGUCAGAUAUCUGCCUUGAAGCUGAAGUUUUUGGCAAACCGAUGCCAAAGGUUACAUGGAGCAAGGAUGGAAAAGUGUUAAGCCCAGAUAAAGACAUGAAGAUGUCGCAAAAGAGACACCUGUUUUGUCUAAACCUUACUGCAGUUACAAAACUCCAUACAGGGCAGUACACCAUUCUUGCUGAGAAUGCAAGUGGUUCUAAGACAGCAGACAUACAGCUCACAGUUUUGGAUGUACCAGGCCCACCUGCCUCUAUCAAAUUAGAAGAGGUACUUUCUGAUCGUGUAAAAUUGAGUUGGACAGCUCCACUUGCAGAUGGUGGAUCACCAAUUACAAACUACAUUGUGGAUAAGCGUGAGUCAAGCCGGGCUAACUGGGCCCAGGUUUCUGCUAAAAUCAGUGGUACUACAACCGAAUUUUGUGUGGAAAGGCUGAUUAUGGGUCAUGAAUACCAGUUCCGUGUACGUGCUGAAAACCGAUAUGGAGCUGGUGAUCCAAUCCUCUCAGAUCCUGUUGUUGCAAAGGACCCUUUCACUGUUCCUGGGCAAUGUGAUCCACCAAUCAUUACAAAUAUCACAAAAGAGAAGAUGACUGUAAGCUGGAAGGAGCCCUCUGAUGAUGGCAACUCUCCCAUUCUUGGAUAUAUUGUUGAGAAGCGUGAGACCAAAGAAAUAAACUGGACCAAACUGAAUAGGAAACCAUUACUUGAAAGAUCACUUCAAGUUGGAGGUCUCUCAGAAGGGGCUCAAUAUGAGUUUAGAGUUAUUGCAGUAAACAGAGCUGGUCUUGGAAAACCCAGCGAGCCAUCAACUUCUGCUGCUGCAGUUGAUCCUAUUUGUCCUCCUGGACCACCAGUUUCCCCUAAGGUUACAGACACAAGUAAUAGCACUAUUAGCUUAUCUUGGACUAAACCUGCAAAUGAUGGUGGAAGUGAAGUUUUGGGAUAUUUAGUUGAAUGCAAGAGAACAGAUGCAACGGACUGGAUCAGAUGCAAUGUCCCCAAGAACCUACAAGACACACACUAUGUUGUCACUGGACUCUUGGAGAAAUCGGAAUAUCAACUACGUGUCAGUGCUGUGAACAAAGUUGGAUUUGGUCAGCCAUGUGAAUUCCCAGAUAAACAUGUUGCAAAGGAUGUGUUUGUUCCACCUGAGGCUGAACUUGAUGCAGCGCUGAAGGACACAUUGGUGCUUCAGGCUGGUGCUCGAAUGAAACUUCAUGCCAAAAUUAAAGGCCGUCCUGUUCCGAAGGUCACGUGGGCCAAGAUGAACACCAACAUAAAGAACAGACAGGGAAUCAUCAUUAAAGCCACAGACACUGACACAAUGGUGUCUGUUGAAAGAGUUAAUAGAUAUGAUGCAGGCAAAUACAUUCUCAACCUUGAUAGUGUCAGUGGCAUGAAGAUGUACACAGUUGUUGUUAAGGUUAUUGAUACCCCAGGCCCACCAUUAAACCUCAUGGUGAAAGAGACAACAAAGGAUAGUGCAUCUAUCAUGUGGGACGAACCACUAAUUGAUGGUGGAAGUGAAAUUAUAGGUUACAUCGUAGAAAAACGUGAUGCAGAGAGAAAAGCAUGGUCCGCAGUUUCAACCAGCUGUGACAAAACAUCUUUCCAGAUUGAAGGCCUGGAGCCUGGUAGAUCCUACUACUUUAGAGUCAAGGCUCAGAAUAAGUAUGGUACUGGUGAGCCUGGUGAAACAGCAGAUGCUGUCAGAGCCUCUGAACAACCUGGACCAGUCGUGGACUUCAAGCCCUUGCUAGUAACCAGAGGCUCAUGCACUCUUUCUUGGAAGAAACCAAUUAGUGAUGGUGGUAGUCGAAUAAUUGCAUAUGUUCUUGAAGUUCUUAAUGGUGAAAACAAAUGGAAGGAGCUUCUAAGAUCCAAGAACAUGCAAUAUAGUGCGAAAGAUCUUGUUGAAGGAAGGGAAUACAAAUAUAGAGUAAUGGCAACCAAUGAUGCGGGCAGUGGUCCAGUGAAGGAGCUCUCAAUUGUGGCAAAGGAUGUUUUUGUUCAUCCCAGCUGUGAUUUACGGGAUUUGCCAAACCUGAACUACAUUGCAAAAGAGGGAAGCACUGUUCGACUUAAGAUUCCCAUCUCUGGCAAACCUGCCCCAACUGUCUCAUGGAAGAAGGGUGAAGAUGAAAAUUUAACUGACACUGGAAGAGUUUGUGUGGAAUCUACUGCUGUUAAUACAACUCUAUUGAUUCGGGACUGCCAGAGGAGUGAUGCUGGAAAAUACACCAUCACUCUUCGUAACAGUGCUGGAUCAAAAGAAUCCUCUAUCUUUGUAAGAGUUGUUGGCAAACCUGGAAUUUGUACAGGACCUAUCAAAUUUAAGGAAGUAACAGCUGAUGGAGCUACCUUAAAAUGGGGUGUUCCUAAAGAUGAUGGAGGAUCAGAAGUCACCAACUACAUUCUAGAAAAACGUGAUUCCAUUACCAAUAUGUGGGUAACUGUGUCCUCAGCAGUGGAGACAAACAGUUAUAGUGUGUCUGGUCUCCAUGAAGGAACAGAAUAUAUCUUCAGAGUUUCUGCAGAAAACAAAUAUGGAGUUGGAGAAGGUCUCAAAUCUGAACCUAUGGUUGCCAAGCAUCCAUUCAAUGUCCCUGAUGCGCCAGCUGCACCACAAAUCUUGAGCAUGCGUCAUGACUCAGCAACCUUGGCUUGGUCUGAUCCACGAAAAACAGGCGGUUCACCAAUUACAGGUUAUCAUGUGGAAUUCAAGGAAAGAAAUAGCAUGUUAUGGAAAAGAGCUAACCCAUCACCUUUAAAAAUGAGAGACUUCAAAGUAAAAGGUUUAACUGAGGGCUUGGAAUAUGAGUUUAGAGUGAUGGCUAUAAAUUUGGCUGGUGUUGGUAAGCCAAGUCCUCCAACUGAGCCAAUGGUUGCCUUGGAUCCUAUUGAUCCUCCUGGUAAACCUGAUGUAAUCAGCAUCACAAGAAGUACCGUAACACUUCAAUGGACCGAACCGCAGUAUGAUGGUGGACACAGACUUACAGGUUAUAUUGUUGAGAGACGUGACCUUCCUGCCAAGGUCUGGGUGAAAGCCAACACAGUAAAUGUCGUGGAAUGCGCAUACACUGUGACUAACUUGCAGGAGGGUUGCAAGUUCGAAUUCAGAAUCAGAGCCAAGAAUGCAGCUGGGGCAAUAAGUCCACCAUCUGAACAAACCGAUACUCUUGUAUGCAUGGAUGAAUAUGCGGCACCAACCAUUAUUAUUGACCCCACGGUAAAGGAAGGGCUAACAGUCAGAGCUGGAGACACAAUAGUCAUUACAGCAACAAGUAUUUUAGGCAAACCUGCACCAACUUCAGUCUGGUCAAAAGGAGGAAAGUACUUCAAGCCAUCAGAUAUAUGCCAGAUUGAAACUAGUCCUACGUCCUCUACUCUGUCUAUUAAAUAUGCAAGCAGAAAGGAUGCAGGGGAGUAUACCAUUACAGCAAGCAAUCCAUUUGGUGUCAAAGAAGAGACUGUCAAAGUAAAGGUGUUGGAUGUUCCUGGGCCCCCAGGACCAAUUGAAGCAAGUGGCAUAUCAUCUGAAAAGGUUACUUUGACAUGGGCACCACCUACUGAAGAUGGAGGAUCUAAAAUUGAGCAUUACUUUCUAGAAAAGAGGGAAACAACCCGUCUUCUUUGGACAAUUCUUGCAGAGAAGGUUAUUGACUGCCAUUUUGUUGCAAAUAAACUAAUCCAAGGGAAUGAAUACAUAUUCCGUGUAUCAGCUGUCAACCGUAGUGGAGCUGGCGAUUUUUCAAAUUCACAACCUGUAAAGAUGGUGGAUAAUUAUGGUCCUCCAGGUCCACCAGCAAGACCGGAGGUAGAAAAUGUUGGAGGCAGGACUGCUACAAUUACAUGGAAGAGACCAGCUGAUGAUGGAGGCAGUGAUAUCACAGGUUACGUGGUUGAGAAAAAGGAAAGAAAGGGCAUAAGGUGGUUAAGAGCAUCAAAGAAGACUGUACCUGACCUUCAGUUUGAGGUGCAGGGCCUCACAGAAGGAGAAGAGUAUCAGUUCAGAGUAACUGCUGAGAACAAGGCUGGCUUUGGGGAACCCAGUGAGCCAUCACAGCCUGUUAGAACAAAGAUCAUGGCAGAUGUACCCGGACCCCCAAUCAACCCAAGAGUCACGGAUACAACAAAAACCACAGCUGAACUGCAUUGGGGCAAACCUUUAAAUGAUGGUGGCAUGCCUGUUACAGGAUAUACUGUUGAGCACAAAAAAGAUGGAGAAGAGACAUGGGUGAAAGAUACAACUACACCUUUAAUAAUCACAGAAUUUGUUGUUCCAGGCUUGGAGACUGGAGCCAAGUAUCAUUUUAGAAUUAGUGCCAUGAAUGCAAUGGGAGUUGGGGAACCAGCACAAACAGUAGACCUUAUUGAAAUUAUUGAACGUGAAGUAAUCCCAGACCUGGAACUUGAUAUUGAAUUGAGAAAAACACUAGUUGUCAAAGCUGGAGGCUCUAUUCGCAUAUUUGUUCCAAUUAAAGGGCGUCCAACUCCAUCUGUGACUUGGACAAAGGAGGGGACUGCACUAAAAACCCGUGCAAACAUUGAUAUUACAGAGACUUACACUCUUUUAGUCAUUCCUGAUUGCAACAGACAUGAUGCUGGUAAAUAUGAUUUGACAUUAGAGAAUGCUGCUGGAAAGAAGUCAGCUUAUGUGAAUGUUAAAGUUUUGGACUCUCCCGGGCCUCCUAUCAAUCUUAAACCAAAAGCCAUUGACAAGGAAAGCAUUACACUUCAGUGGGAACCACCUCUUAUUGAUGGCGGUGCAAAGAUUACUAAUUAUAUAAUUGAAAAAAGAGAAGCUACUCGCAAAGCAUAUGCUACCGUAGUAACAAAAUGUGCCAUGUGUUCUUUAAGAGUUCCAAAUUUGUCAGAGGGGUCAGAAUAUUAUUUCAGGGUAUCUGCGGAAAAUGAAUUUGGAAUUGGUGAAGCAGCAGAAACCCUCGAUCCCAUCAGAGCAUCUCAAGCACCAAGUCCGCCUGAAACAGUCACAAUUACUGAUGUUACCAAAAACUCAGCUUGUCUUGCAUGGACCAAACCAAAACAUGAUGGGGGAAGCAGAAUCACUGGGUAUGUUAUUGAGGCUCAGAAAAGAGGAACAGACCAGUGGGCUCAUGUGACCACUGUAAAGUCAUUAGACUUUACUGUGAAGAAUUUAAAUGAAAAUGAGGAGUAUGUAUUCCAUGUUAUGGCUGUUAAUUUAUCAGGCAGAAGCCAUCCUCGUGAAAGCAAGCAUGUUGUUAUAAGAGAACAAAACACAGAACCAGAAUUUGACUUGCGGGGUAUUUGCCAGAAGACUGUCAUAGCAAAGGCUGGAGAUAACAUAAAGGUUGAGGUACCCGUAAUUGGGCGUCCUAAACCAACAGUAACAUGGCAGAAAGACCAUCAGCCUCUCAAGUUAACACAAAGGACAAUGAUUGAAAAUACCUCUACUUCGACCAUCUUGAUUAUAAAUGAAUGUUUGAGAAAUGACACUGGAGUGUAUUCAAUUACUGGGAAAAACAUAGUUGGUUCAGUUACUGAAAACAUCAUAGUCAAAGUGCAUGAUGUCCCUGGACCACCUAGGGGACCAAUAAAAUUAGACAAAAUAUCUCGUGAUUCCAUUGAGUUCUCAUGGGAUAUACCUGAAAAUGAUGGAGGUGUACCAAUCAAUAACUAUGUUAUUGAAAUAAAGGAAACCACCUCUCAGAACUGGACAGAACUGUCUUCACUGGUCAUUCGAACAACCUAUAAAGCAAUUCAUCUAACAACAGGAGUGGAAUACCAAUUUCGUGUAAAGGCCAAAAAUCGAUAUGGUACAGGUCCUCCAAUUACCUCAGAAGCUGUAGUUGCAGCUUAUCCAUUUAAGGUGCCUGGACCACCAGGCACUCCCAAGGUUGUUGAAUUCACAAAGGACGCAAUGACAGUUGGCUGGAAUGAGCCAGUUAAUGAUGGAGGAAGUGAAGUUAUUGGAUAUCAUGUUGAAAGAAAAGAGAGGAACAGCAUUGUCUGGCAUAGAAUUAGUAAAGCUCUUGUGGUGGGAAAUCUUUUCAAAACAACUGGACUAGAGUCUGGCACUGCAUACGAAUUCCGUGUGAUGGCUGAAAAUGCAGCUGGAAUUGGGAAACCAAGCAAAGCAUCUGAACCCAUGCUUGCUCUUGAUCCAGUGGAUCCACCUGGUCAGCCUAUACCAAUCUGUGUAUCUAAAAAUGCAAUCACAAUUCAGUGGACAAAGCCAGAAUAUGAUGGUGGGUUCAAGAUUACGGGUUACAUUGUGGAAAAAAGAGAUCUACCAGCUGGGCGCUGGAUAAGGGCCAACUUCACAAACAUUGUUGAAACCACCUUUACUGUUAGUGGUCUAACUAAAGAUGCAUCAUAUGAAUUCCGUGUACUUGCAAGAAAUUCAGCUGGUGCUGUUAGCAACCCAUCAGAUGCAUCAGAUCCAAUCAUUUGUAAAGAUGAUAUUGAAGAACCAAAAAUUAUGGUUGAUGUUAAAUUUAAGGAUGUUGUGCUUGUUAGGGCAGGAGAAGUCUUCAGACUUGAUGCUGAUGUUACAGGACAGCCACUGCCAUCUAUGGUUUGGACCAAAGAUGGAAAAGACAUUGAAAACACAUCUAAACUACAAAUAAAAAUGACAGACCUCACUGCUUGUUUGGUUAACAAGGACUCUCUUAGAAAAGAUGGAGGUCAAUUUGUUCUGACAGCUACUAAUGUGGGUGGAUUUGCUAAACAUAUAUUCAAUGUUAAAGUCCUUGAUAAACCAGGACCACCUAAAGGACCUCUUAUGGUUUCAGAUAUCACAGCAGAAAAAUGUUUGCUUACAUGGGCUCCGCCUGAAGAUAAUGGUGGGGCAAACAUUGAACAUUAUGUAAUUGAAAAACGUGAGUCAAGCAGACUUGCUUGGACAAAUGUGGCAACAGACCUGCAAGUGACACAGUACCAGGUAACAAAAUUACUCAAAGGAAAUGAAUACAUUUUCAGAGUCAUGGCUGUUAAUAAAUAUGGAGUUGGGGAAGCCCUUGAGUCUGACCCAACAAUUGCGGAAAACCCUUAUGUUCCACCUGAUCCUCCCCAAAUGCCUGAGAUUACAGCUGUCACAAAGGAUUCAAUGAUGCUUUGCUGGGGAGCUCCUGCAAACAAUGGUGGCAGUGAAAUCACUAACUAUAGCAUUGAGAGAAGAGACAGAAUUGGUUUACGCUGGGUUAAAUGCAACAAGAAGAAGGUAACUGACUUACAUUUCAAGGUAACUGGGCUUGUUCCAGGACAUGAAUAUGAAUUCAGAGUUUUUGCAGAAAAUGUAGCUGGAGUCAGUGCACCAAGUCCCUCAUGUCCCUAUACAACAGCCACAGAUGCACUGUUCAAACCAGGCCCACCUGGUAACCCAAGGAUUUUGGACACAACAAGUUCCUCUAUCACACUUGCAUGGAAUAAACCAUUGUAUGAUGGUGGGUCUGAAAUUACUGGAUACAUUGUUGAGACCUGUAUACCUGGAACUGAAGAGGAGGAAUGGACAAUUGUCUCUCCUAAAGAGGGACUGAAAGCAACAUCAUUUACUAUAACAACUCUUAAGGAGAAUCAGGAAUACAAAAUAAAUAUCUUAGCUGUUAACAGUGAGGGUAUUGGAGAAGCAGCAUCUGUUCCUGGAACACCUAAGGCUGAAGAAAGACUCUUACCACCAGAAAUUGACCUUGAUGCUGACCUUCGUAAGGUUGUGAACAUUAGGGCAUGUAACACCUUAAGGCUCUUUGUGCCAAUUAGAGGAAGGCCAACUCCAGAAGUCAAAUGGUCAAGGGAAAAUGAUGAACCUUUGGAUAGAGCUACAAUUGAGAACACAUCAUCUUUCACAUCCUUAGUAGUGGAAAAUGUGAAUAGAUAUGACAGUGGUAAAUAUAUUUUGACUGUGGAAAACAGCUCUGGAAGCAAAUCAGUUUCUGUGACUGUUAGAGUUCUAGAUACACCUGGUGCACCACAAAACCUUCAAAUCAGCAAAGUGACCAAGGAAUCUGUCUCACUUGUAUGGGAUCCUCCACUAAAUGAUGGUGGCACAAAGAUUAAGAACUACAUUGUUGAAAAGCGGGAGGCAACAAGAAAGGCCUAUGCUACAGUUAAUGCUAACUGUCAUAAAACAACAUGGAAUGUUGAUCAGCUUCAAGAAGGAUGCAAUUACUACUUCAGAGUACUGGCAGAGAAUGAGUAUGGUAUUGGUCUCCCUAUCGAAACCAGUGAAUCAGUCAAAGUAUCAGAAAAACCACUUCCUCCAGGAAAGAUUACACUUCAAGAUGUGACAAAGACAAGUGUCACAUUGUCUUGGGAGAAGCCUGAACAUGAUGGAGGAAGUAGAGUGGUUGCAUAUGUUGUAGAGAUGCAGAGUAAAGGCAGUGAGAAAUGGACACAGGCCAUGAUUGUCAAGGUACCUGAGGCAGUUAUUUCUGGGCUUACUCCUGGUGAACAGUACAUGUUCCGUGUUUCAGCUAGAAAUGAAAAAGGCACCAGUGAUCCUCGCCAACUUGGUGUUCCAGUGAUUGCCAAAGACCUUAUAAUUGCCCCAUCUGCCAAGUUGUUAUUUUCAACAUUUAGUGUUCUUGCUGGAGAGGAUUUGGCAAUAGAUAUUCCAUAUAUUGCUCGUCCCAAAGCUGCUGUCACAUGGGUGAAGGAUACUACACCACUUAAGCGAACAAGCAGGAUUAACUUCUCUUCCACAGACAACCAAUUGAAUCUUGUAAUCAAAGAGGCAUGUAGAGAUGAUGUUGGCCAGUAUAGCAUCAAACUUUCAAACACAGCUGGUGAGACAUCAGUGAAUAUAGGAGUAGUUGUCCUUGACAAACCUGGCCCACCAGGUGGCCCAGUGAAAGUUGAAGCAGUAACAGCUGAUAGUGUCACAAUUUCAUGGAAACCACCAGAGUAUAAUGGAGGCUGCACCAUUAAGAACUAUCUGGUGGAGAAAAGAGACACAUCCACAACAAACUGGGUAGUUGUAGCAGCAAAUCUUGCAAGAACCAAGGUAAAAGCUGGAAGACUCAAAACAGGAACUGAAUAUCAAUUUAGAAUCACUGCUGAGAACAGAUAUGGCAAAAGCCCUGUGCUUGUCUCAGAGUGUGUUAUUGCACAGUAUCCAUAUAAGCUUCCAGGACCACCUGGAACACCCUUCAUUCAUACUUCAACCAAAGAUAGUAUGGUUGUGGUGUGGAAUGAGCCAGUUAUUGAUGGAGGAAGCACAAUUUUGGGUUACCAUCUUGAACGUAAAGAGAGAAACAGCAUUCUCUGGGUUAAGCUUAAUAAGAGUAUAAUCCAGGACACAAUGUACAAGACCACAGGCCUUGAGGCAGGCCUUGAAUAUGAAUUUAGAGUGUAUGCUGAGAACAUUGUUGGUAUUGGAAAGGCAAGCAAAAUAUCAGAGGGACAUAUUGCUCGAGAUCCUUGUGAUCCUCCUGGUAUACCUGAGGCAGUUAAAAUUACAAAGAAUUCCAUCACUAUCAUGUGGUCUAAACCCGAGUAUGAUGGUGGAAGCAAGGUCACAGGCUAUAUUGUUGAAAAGAAAGAAUUACCUGAAGGACGCUGGCUGAAGGCAAACUUUACCAAUGUUAUUGAAACAGAGUAUACUGCCACAGGUCUCACAGAAGACCAGAAAUAUGAGUUUCGGGUUAUUGCAAGAAAUGCAGCAGGAGUUUUUAGCAAUCCUUCAUAUAGCACUGGACCCAUUACUGCAAAAGAUGAGAUUGAACCCCCUCGCAUCAGCCUAGACCCACAUUACACACAGACAAUUGUUGUAAAUGCAGGGGAAUCAUUUAAAAUUGAUGCAGAUGUACAUGGAAAACCAGUACCAACAAUUCACUGGAUGAAGGGAGAUCAAGAACUUGGAAACGCUAUACAUCGUGAAAUUAAAAACACCACCACUUUUGCAUGCUUAUCUGUAAAAGAGGCCAAGCUUGCUGACGGUGGCCAGUACACUCUGCUAUUAAGGAAUCCAGGUGGUGAGAAAACUGUCCAGGUCAAUGUCAAUGUUCUAGAUAAACCUGGGACACCAGAGGGUCCUAUAUCUAUUACAGGGGUUACCAGUGAACAGUGCUGCCUUACAUGGAAACCCCCAAAACAGGAUGGUGGAAGCACAAUCACUCAUUACAUUGUUGAAAGAAGAGAGACAAGCAGACUCAUCUGGACUCUUGUUGACCCCAAAGUUCAAGCUGAAACUUUGAAAAUAACAAAACUCCUUGAGGGCAAUGAAUAUAUUUUUAGGGUUUUGGCAGUGAAUAAGUUUGGAGUUGGUGAAGCACUUCUGUCUGACCCAGUUCUUAUUAAGGAUCCGUUUAUGCUUCCAGAUGCUCCAAAGGGAAUAGAGGUCUCUGAUAUCAAGAAAGAUUCAAUGGUAUUAAGUUGGGAAGCACCGUCAAGUGAUGGUGGUACUCCUAUCACUGGAUAUAUCAUUGAAAAACAGGAUAAGGAGGGUGUUAGAUGGAUUAGAUGCAACAGGACACUGGUCACAGACCUAACCUUCAAAGUCACUGGGCUCCUUGAGGCUCACCUCUAUGAAUUUAGAGUUGCAGCUGAAAAUGCUGUUGGUGUUGGUGAGCAUAGCUCAGCAACAGUAUUCUAUAAAGCUCUGGAUCCUGUGUUCAAGCCAGGUCCUCCACAUAAUCCUAAGGUGAUAGACACAACAAAAUCAUCCGUGUCACUUGUCUGGGGGAAACCUUUUUAUGAUGGUGGAUGUGAAAUACAGGGAUUUAUUGUUGAGUCCUGUGAGGAUGUCUCAAUUGCUGAAGAAUGGACUAUGUGCACCCCAGCAACUGGUGUUAAGUUAACAUGUUUUACUGUAGAAAAUCUCAAAGAAAAACAGAAAUACAAGUUCAGAGUAUGUGCAGUUAACAAGGUUGGUGUUGGUGAGCAUGCAGAUGUUGCUGGUCACAUUCAACCAGAAGAUAAGGCAGAGGAGCCAGAUCUUGAUAUUGAUCCUGAGUUUAGAAAGCUUAUCAUUAUUAAAGCUGGGGGAUCUCUCCGAAUUUUUGUUCCAAUUAGAGGACGUCCUAUACCACAAAUUAAAUGGGAGAAGGAUGAUAGCCCUAUUAAAGAGACAGCACAAGUCGAUGUCACGAGUGGUCACACUUCUCUUGUGAUUGAUAAAAUAAAUAGAAAUGACAGUGGAAAGUACACCGUGACUGCAGAAAACUCAUCUGGGGUAAAGUCUGCAACCAUCCUUGUGAAAGUUCUUGAUACACCUAGUGCUCCAGUUAACCUUAAAGUUCAAGAAAUUACAAGAGAGUCUGUCACUCUUUCGUGGGAACCCCCUGCCUUGGAUGGAGGUGCUAAGAUAAAAAAUUAUAUUGUUGAAAAGCGUGAAACUACAAGGAAAACCUUCUCAGCUGUUAUAACAAAUUGCCAUAAACUGUCAUGGAAAAUUGAACCACUUCAAGAAGGCUGUUGUUACUAUUUCAGAGUCCUUGCAGAGAACGAACAUGGUAUUGGAAUACCUGCAGAUAUUACUGAUCCUCUGAAAGUAUCAGAAGUGCCACAAUGCCCUGGAAAAUUAAGCGUUGUAGAUGUUACAAAAACAAGUGUUUCUCUUGCUUGGGAAAAACCACUGCAUGAUGGUGGCAGUAGAAUUCUUCAGUACCUUGUUGAAAUGCAAGUGAAGGGAAAUGAAAAAUGGUCUGGUUGUGCAAAUGUAAAAACAUUAGAGGCUGUUAUUAAUAACUUGAACCCAGGUGAGGAGUACACUUUCAGAGUAAUUGCUAUUAAUGAAAAAGGAAAGAGUGACCCAAGAACACUUGCAGUCCCAGUACAAGCAAAGGAUUUGGUUAUUGAACCAGAUGUGAGGCCUGCAUUUAACAAUUACAGCGUUCUUGUUGGAAAAGACCUGCAAGUUGAAGUUCCAAUUUCUGGACGCCCUAAACCAAAGGUGACAUGGAUAAAGGAUGGUGCAUCCCUUAAAUUCACAACAAGAGUGAACAUUUCAAAUACAUCACAUAGUACAAUUCUUAGCAUCAAAGAAGCUGCCAGAGAGGAUGGUGGCAUGUAUGGAAUCAAUGUCUCAAAUGUUCUUGGACAAAAAGAUGCAACAGUUGAAAUAAUCACUCUUGACAAACCAGGACCACCUUCUGGCCCUGUAAGAUUUCUUGAGGUCACAGUAUCAAGUGUUACACUGUCAUGGGAACCACCAAAGUACACGGGUGGUUGCCCAAUUUCAAACUACAUUGUACAAAAGAGAGACACAACUACCACUACAUGGGAGAAUGUUGCAGUUUCUGUGGCAAGAACGACACUGAAGGUCUCCAGACUAAAAACUGGGGCAGAGUAUCAGUUCAGGAUUAUUGCUCAAAACAGAUAUGGCAAAAGCUAUGCUUUAGAUUCACCAACUGUUGUUGCUCAGUACCCAUAUAGAGAACCAGGCCCACCUGGUACUCCCUUUGUGUCAUCUCUGUCAAGAGAUCACAUGGUUGUUGAGUGGCAUGAACCUGUUUCAGAUGGUGGCAGCAGCAUCAUUGGAUAUCACCUUGAAAGAAAAGAGAGGAACAGUAUCCUUUGGACAAAGAUAAACAAGACCUUGAUUCAAGAAACACAAUUCAAAACCAGUCCUUUGGAAGAGGGAAUUGAAUAUGAGUUCAGGGUCUAUGGUGAAAAUAUCGUUGGCAUUGGUCGGUGCAGCAAAAUCUCAGAGGGAUAUGUGGCCCGUGAUCCAUGUGACCCACCUGGCAUGCCAGAAGCUAUUCAUGCUAGCAAGAAUUCAAUAACAAUCCAGUGGACAAAACCAGAAUACGACGGAGGAAGUGUGAUAACUGGUUAUACUGUUGAAAAGCGUGAUCUGCCAGAGGGACGUUGGGUGAAAGCUAGUUUUACAAAUGUCAUUGAAACCCAAUAUACUAUUAGUGGACUUACAGAGGGAGCUAAAUAUGACUUUAGAGUAAUUGCAAAAAAUGCACAUGGCACCAUUAGCAAACCAUCUUUCAACAGUGGACCUAUUGCUGCACUGGAUGAAGUAGAGCCACCAAAGUUUUCAGUUGAUCCGGAAUAUACUCAGACCAUUAUUGUGAAUGCUGGGGAUACAUUCAAACUUGAUGCAGAUGUCCAUGGCAAACCACUGCCUACAAUGCAGUGGUACAAAGAUGACAAGAAAUUUGAAAAUACAAUGAGAUGUGAGAUCAAAAACACUGACAGCAGGGCUAUGAUUGUCUUAAAGGAUGCACUUCGACAUGAUAGUGGACACUAUACUCUUCAUCUCACCAAUGUUGCUGGCUCACAAACUGUCUCAUUUCAAGUAAAAGUACUGGACAAACCCAGUCCACCAGAAGGACCUCUUCAUGUCACAGGUGUAUCAAGCGAUAAAUGUACACUGUCAUGGCAUCCCCCACAACAUGAUGGAGGAAGCCCUAUCACUCAUUAUAUUAUUGAAAGACGUGAAACAAGCCGCCUUGCUUGGACCAUUGUCUCUAAUGUUUGUAAAGCCACAAUGUUUAAAGUGACGAACCUUCUUGAAGGCAAUGAAUAUAUCUUCCGUGUCAUGGCCGUGAACAAUUAUGGUGUUAGUGAGCCAAUUAAUACGCCAUCUGUAAUUAUGAAGACUCCAUUUAUAUCCCCUGGAUCACCACAAAUUCUGGAGGUGACUAACAUUGCCAGGGAUUCUAUGACCGUGUGCUGGAGUGCACCAGAUAAUGAUGGUGGAAGUGAAAUUAUUGGGUAUAUUAUUGAAAAGAGAGAUCGUUCUGGAAUUAAGUGGAUCCGAUGCAACAGACAAAAAGUCACUGAUGUAUGUUUCAGAGUGCAAGGCCUCAUCGAGGAUCAUGAGUAUGAGUUCAGAGUGUCAGCUGAAAAUGCAGCUGGAAUUGGUGAACCCAGCUUGCCUACAUCAUACUACAAAGCUUGUGAUCCUAAAUAUAAACCGGGCCCUCCCAUACAUGCACAUGUAAUUGAUACCACAAAGAGCUCCAUUUCAGUGGCAUGGGGAAAGCCUCUUAAUGAUGGUGGAAGUGCUAUUCAAGGAUACAUUGUUGAGAUAUGCAAAGCUGAGGAGGAUGAAUGGACUAUGUGUACUCCACCAACUGGUCUGCGUGUUAAUAAAUUUGAAAUAACCAAACUAACAGAACAACAGGAGUAUAAGAUUCAAGUAUGUGCUAUCAACAAAUUAGGCGUGGGUGAGCCUGCGGUUAUUCCUGAGUCUGUGAAACCAGAGGACAGACUUGAAAUUCCAGAAAUUCAUCUUGAUUCAGAGUUGAGGAAAGGUAUAGUUGUUCGUGCUGGGGGAUCAUUUAGAAUUAAUGUGCCUUUCAAGGGAAGACCGACACCAGAGAUAACAUGGACUAAAGAUAAAGGGGAUUUGUCAGAGAAGGCCAUAAUUGAGAAGGGUUUAAAUUUCACACAGCUUUCAACUGACUCAUGUGACAGAAAAGAUUCUGGAAAAUAUGCCGUGUCCCUUAAGAACAGUAGUGGCACUGCAUGUGAAUUUGUGUCAGUAAAAGUAUUAGAUACACCAGGAGCACCACUUAACCUGGUGGUAAAAGAUAUUAAGAAAGACUCCAUUACUCUUAUUUGGGAUCCACCACUUAUUGACGGAGGUGCAAAAAUCAAAAACUAUGUUGUUGAUAAGCGUGAAUCUACAAGAAAAGCAUACGCUAAUGUCACAACAAAGUGUAGCAAGACAAGCUUCAAGGUGGAAAAUCUUGCAGAGGGGGCCCUAUACUACUUUAGAGUUAUGGCUGAAAAUGAAUAUGGAAUUGGUCUACCAGUUGAAACCAAGACUGCAUCAAAGGCUUCUGAAGUACCUCUAUCAGUAGGAAAGAUCAUGUUGACUGAUGUCACCAAAGUAAGUGCAUCUCUAGCCUGGGAGAAACCAGAGCAUGAUGGUGGAAGCAGAAUUGUAGGCUACUUGAUUGAAAUGCAACCCAAGGGAACAGAAAAAUGGGGUGUAGCAACAUCUGUCAAAACAUGUGAAGGCACGGUCACUGGUCUUACAGCUGGUCAAGAGUACUUGUUCCGGGUUAUUGCUUAUAAUGAGACAGGAAAGAGUGAGCCAAAGCUUCUUGCUGCUCCUGUCAUUGCCAAUGACUUAAUCAUUGAACCAAGCCUUAAAGUACAGUUUAGUACAUACAGUGUCAAAUCCGGUGAUGAACUUAAAUUGGAAAUACCCGUAUUUGGACGCCCCAAGCCAAAGGUUACUUGGCUGAAGGAUGGACAAUCUCUUAAAGUGACAUCUAGAAUCAGUACUUCAAACACACCAACAUCAGCCAUUCUACAGAUUACCGAAGCCAAUAAAGAUGACUUUGGAAAGUAUGCAAUUAGUGCAACAAACAGUGCUGGUACUAUUACAGAGGAAAUUGGAAUCAUUAUCCUUGAUAAGCCUGGUCCACCAACUGGCCCUAUUAAAGUGAAAGAAGUGAGCAAUAGCUUUGUAACAAUCUCAUGGGAACCUCCGUCUUACACAGGAGGCUGCCAUGUGAAGCAUUAUAUUGUUGAAAAGCGAGACACCACCACCACAACAUGGGAAGCUGUUGCUGGAUCAGUUGCCAGGACAUCACUUAAAAUAACAAAGUUGAAAACUGGUGCUGAGUACCAGUUUAGAGUCAUUGCUGAAAACAGAUACGGUAAGAGUUCCUCUUUGGAAUCAAAGGCAAUUUUGAUUCAGUAUCCAUACAAACCUCCUGGGCCACCUGGAACUCCAUAUGUGAAAUCUGCCAACAAGGAUCAAAUGAUAAUUGAGUGGAAUGAGCCUGUCAACGAUGGUGGAAGCUCAGUAAUUGGCUACCACCUGGAAAGUAAAGAACGAACUAGUAUAUUGUGGACAAAGUUGAACAAAACUCUCAUUACUGACACCAUGUUUAAGAUAUGUAAUCUUGAGGAAGGAAUUGGUUAUGAAUUCAGAGUAUAUGCCGAGAACAUUGUUGGUGUUGGCAGAGCAAGCAAGGUUUCAGACAGCUUUGUUGCUCGUGAUCCAUGUGAUCCACCUGGUACUCCAGAAGCUAUUUCUAUUUCAAAGAACCAUGUGGUAAUACAAUGGACAAAACCUCAAUAUGAUGGUGGCAGCAAAGUGACAGGAUACAUUGUUGAAAAGAGAGACUUGCCUCAAGGCCACUGGAUGAGGGUCAAUUUUACCAAUGUGAUUGAGACUGAAUUCACAAUCACUGGCUUAACAGCAGACCAACAGUAUGAAUUUAGAGUAAUAGCAAGAAAUGCUGCAGGUAUUUUCAGUGAGCCAUCUGAAAGCACUGGUCCAAUUACCAUGACAGAUGAAAUUGAACCCCCAAGUGUUUCAAUGGAUCCUAAGUACCAGGAUGUCAUUGUUGUCAGUGCUGGAGAGAACUUAGUUCUUGAUGCAGAUAUUCAUGGAAAACCCAUUCCUGAUGUUCAGUGGCUGAAAGAAGGAAAGGAAAUAGAUAAGACACUACGUAUUGAAAUAAAAACGACACAGAAAUGUGCCACUAUUACUGUCAAAGACUGUACACGAUUAGACAGUGGUCAUUAUGACCUUGUAUUAAGAAACAGUGGUGGCACAAAAACAAUUCCCAUUACUGUGAGGGUUCUUGAUAGGCCAGGCCCUCCAACUGGACCACUAAAUGUAACUGGUAUUAUGUCUGAUAGAUGUGAUCUGGUUUGGACUGAACCUUCCCAGGAUGGUGGUGCUAAUAUUUCUCACUACAUUCUUGAGAAGAGAGAAACUAGCAGGUUAUCAUGGACUCUGGUUGAUGCAAAUAUUCACACUACCAGUUACAAAGUGACAAAUCUCCUGGCAGGUGAUGAAUAUAUUUUCAGAGUUAUGGCUAUCAAUAAAUAUGGAAUUGGUGACCCACUGGAGUCUAAGGCAAUAACUGCAUGCAACCCAUACAAGCCACCAAGUGCACCAUCAACACCAGAAGCAAGUGAGAUAACAAAAGAUUCAAUGGUUCUAUCAUGGAAUGCCCCAGAGAGUGAUGGUGGAACUGAAAUUAUUGGUUAUCACCUGGAGAAACGUGACAAAGAUGGUGUAAGAUGGACCAAGUGCAACAGACAGAAGCUUUCUGACUUGCACUUCAAAGUAACUGGUCUUUCAGAGGGACAUUUCUAUGAAUUCCGUGUGGCUGCUGAGAAUGCUGCUGGUGUGGGAGUACUAAGUGACUUAUCUCUGUUCUAUAGAGCAAUAAAUGCAACGACUCCUCCUGGUCCACCACAUCAUCCUAAAGUAACAGAUCAUACAACCUCAUCUGUGUCCCUGGCUUGGGGUAAGCCAGCCACAGAUGGUGGGGCAUAUAUCAAAGGUUAUAUUGUUGAGAUGAAAGAGGCCUGUGCAGAAGAAUGGACCACAUGUACACCUCCAGCUGGUUUACAGGCAACAUGCUUAACAGUGGAAAACCUUAAACAAAAUGCUGAGUAUAACUUCCGAGUGUGUGCCAUUAAUUCAGAAGGAGUUGGUGAACCUGCUGAUGUUCAUGGCUCUGUGACUACUAUUGAAAGAAUUGAGACACCAGAGAUUGAACUUGAUGCAAAUCUUAGAAAAGUUGUCUCUGUUCGUGCAGGUGGAUCACUUCGUCUAUUUAUUAAAAUUAGAGGUAGACCUGAACCAUCGGUCAAAUGGGAGAAGGAAGAGGGGGCUUUAACUGAGAGAGCACUUAUUGAAACUACUAGUUCAUACACCAUGCUUGUAAUUGACAAUGUCAAUAGAUUUGAUAGUGGGAAAUAUGUUUUAUCACUUGAGAAUAAGAGUGGCACGAAGUCAGCAUUUGUGAAUGUCAGGGUGCUUGACUCACCAAGUGCGCCUCAGAAUUUUGAUGUAAAGGAAAUUAAGAAAGACUCGGUGACUCUCUACUGGGAGCCUCCUCUUACUGAUGGUGGAGCCAAAAUAACCAAUUACAUUGUGGAAAAGAGAGAAUCUACAAGGAAAGCUUACACAACUGUCACAAGCAUCUGCACACAAAAUUUCUUCAAGAUAGAAGAACUUCAGGAGGGAGGAAUAUUCUAUUUCCGAGUGUGUGCUGUUAAUGAGUAUGGCUUUGGUCUGAUGGCAGAAACAAAAAAUCCAGUGAAAGUUGCUCAGGUCCCUAUGUCCCCAGGAAAGGUCACUCUUGUGGAUAUUACCAAGAACAGUGUGACUCUCACAUGGAUGAAACCUGCACAUGAUGGUGGUAGUAAAGUUAUUUGUUACAAUGUCGAAUCACAGUCAAAAGGCACAGACAACUGGGUUGCGUGUUGUACAGUGAAAGUCCUGGAAGCUACUGUGUCGAACCUUAAACCUGGUGAAACAUACUCUUUCAGGGUAAUUGCACUGAAUGAGAAAGGCAAGAGUGAACCACAAGAACUUGGUGUGCCUGUUUGUGCCAAAGACAUAGAGAUAGAGCCUUCAUUUAACCUGCUCUUCAACACUUACAGUGUUAAGGCUGGAGAUGACCUUAUUAUUGAAAUUCCCAUAAGAGGCAGACCUAAGCCAGUGGUUUCAUGGAAAAAGGAUGACCUACCUCUUAAGCAAACAACUUAUCUCACAAUAAUAAACACCAUGGUAUCAAGCAAGAUUGUAAUCAAAGAAGCUUCUAUUCAGCAUGUUGGGAAAUAUGAAAUCACCGUAGCUAAUACAGCUGGCACGAUUUCCACUGAUAUCAAUGUUGUGGUUCUUGACAAGCCAGGCCCACCAGCUGCAGUAAAGGUUGAUGCUGUGACUUCUGACUCCAUUACGCUAUCAUGGUCUCCCCCUGAAUAUGAUGGAGGAUGUUCCAUUAAUAACUAUAUUGUUGAGAAGAGGGAUACCAACACAACAGUCUGGCAGAUUGUUUCAUCAAACAUUGCCAGAACUUCAGUCAAGGUAGCUCGUCUGACUCAUGGUUCUGAAUACCAAUUCCGUAUAUAUGCAGUGAACCGCUAUGGAAAGAGUAAGCCUAUUGACUCUCCUGGGAUUACAGCAGAAUAUACAUUCAAGCAACCUGGGCCACCUGCUACUCCACGUGUGGCUCAUGCUACCAAAUCCUUCAUGCUUGUGACAUGGAAUGAACCAGUUAAUGAUGGAGGUAGCACAGUUCUUGGAUAUCACUUGGAACGCAAGGAGAGAAGCAGUAUUCUUUGGACAAAGGUGAAUAGGAUUCUCAUCAAAGAUACUGAAUUUAAAGUAACUGGCCUUGAAGAAGCUAUGUUCUAUGAGUACCGUGUAUAUGCUGAAAACAUUGCCGGCAUUGGAAAGGUCAGCAAAGUCAGUGAGGCUAUAGCUGCUAGAGAUCCAUGUGAUCAUCCUGGUCAACCAGUGGUUACAAGCAUUACUAGAUCUUCUGUUUCUCUCUCUUGGACAAAGCCUGAAUAUGAUGGAGGGGCCAAAGUUACAGGUUAUGUUAUUGAACGUAGAGAUAUUCCAGAUGGACGCUGGAUGAGAUGUAACUUUACCAAUGUUCCUGAAACAUACUUUGAUGUCACUGGUCUUACUCAAGAUCAGCAAUAUGAUUUCCGUGUCACUGCAAAGAAUGCUGCUGGACUGUUUAGUGAGCCAUCAGAUAACACAGGCCCUAUCACAGUCAAAGAUGAUGUAGAACCACCACGAAUUAUGAUGGAUGUCAAGUUUAGAGAUGUUGUGGUUGUGAAAGCAGGAGAGACCCUAAAGAUCAAUGCUGACAUUGCUGGACGCCCACUACCAGUGGCAUCAUGGUCAAAAGAUGGAAAAGAGAUUCACCUCAAUGCAAGAAUUCAGAUAUCUGCAACAGAUACUAGCACUAUGGUAGUAGUGAAAGACUGCAGAAGGAGUGAUUCUGGAAAGUAUGUCUUAAUGUUACAGAAUGCUGCUGGUACAGUGUCAAUGCCAGUGAAAUGUGUGAUCCUUGAUAAACCUGGACCUGCAGCAGGACCCUUGUCAGUAACUGAGCUCACUGCAGAGGGCUGCACACUGUCAUGGGGACCACCCCAAGAAAUUGGUGGUUCAGAAGUCACACAUUAUGUUGUUGAGAAAAGAGAGACCAGCAGUUUGGCAUGGACAAUUGUACAAGGAGAAGUGAAAAUUGGAACAUGCAAAGUCACAAAGCUCCUCAAAGGCAAUGAAUACAUAUUCAGAGUUUUGGCUGUAAAUAAAUUUGGACUUGGUGAACCUCUUGAAAGUGAACUUGUCAAAGCCUCUGAUCCAUUCACCUUUGCAGCAGCACCAACAAAUGUUGAAAUAACAAAUGUGUCCAGCGAGGAGAUGACUGUAACUUGGGCUAAGCCUGCUUCUGAUGGAGGCAGUGAAAUAUGUGGCUAUGUGAUUGAACGACGUGAGAAAUCAAGUCUUCGUUGGGUCAGAGUCAACAGGGAGCUUGUAAAAGAUGAAAGAGCUGUAGUAUCCAAACUAAGAAAAGGAAGUGAAUAUGAAUUUAGAGUUUUUGCAGAGAAUGCUGCAGGUUUAAGUCCUCCUAGUGAGCCAUCUGCUCCAGCUAUGGCAAAGGAUGCUUUACUUGUGCCAACCCCACCAUCUAAACCAAAGGUUCUUGAUUACACCAAAAGUUCAAUUUCUAUUACCUGGAACAAGCCAUUGUCAGAUGGUGGAGCACCAAUCCUUGGAUACAGAGUGGAAUACAAGAAAAUAGAGGAUGAGGAAUGGGCUGUUGCCAUUCAGAUGACAAAGAGCACUGAGUGCACUGUUUCUGGUCUUACAGCUGAUGUGGAAUAUGUCUUUGCAGUUAAAUCAAUCAACAAAAUGGGCCUGAGUGAGCAAUCUCCAGUUUCUGAGCCACAGACAGCAACAGACAGAAAGGAGGAACCAGUAUUUGAUGUUGAUAUUGAGCUGAGGAAAAUGCUGAUUGUCAAGCAUGGCAAUUCAUUCACAAUGACCAUACCAUUCAAAGGAGUACCAGUGCCUUCAGUCACAUGGAAUAAAGAAGAUGUUGACCUCAAAUCAAGAGCUACAAUUCAAACAACUGGAAAAUAUACAUCCCUGACUAUUGAAAAGGCAACAAGAAAUGACUCCGGACAAUAUACUGUUACAUUGGAUAAUGGUGUUGGAACUGCAACUUUGCCAAUGGUUGUUAAAGUUCUUGAUUCCCCAGGACCACCAGUUAAUGUGAAGAUUAAAGAUGUGACAAAAGAUUCUGCCAUGGUUACUUGGGAAGUCCCAGAGAAUGAUGGUGGUGAUGCUGUGAAAGCCUACCAUGUCGAAAAACGUGAAGCUAGCAAAAAGGCCUGGGUGUGUGUAACCAGUAACUGCCACAAUCUCAUCUAUAAGGUAGAGGACUUGCAAGAGGGUGCACUCUACUACUUCAGAGUCAUUGGAGAGAAUGAAUUUGGUAUGGGUGUACCUGCUGAAACAAAAGAUGCAACUAAAAUAACAGAAAUACCAAGCCCACCUGCCAGACUUGGAGUAGCUGAAGUUACAAAAGACAGUGUUACAAUAGUAUGGUCAAAACCAGAGUGUGAUGGUGGAAGCAGAAUUACAAGCUACCUCAUUGAUGCUCUAGAGAAGGGACAUCAAAAGUGGGUGAAGUGUGCCACUGUAAAAACCAAUACCCAUACAAUCAAAGGCUUGCGAGAAAAUGCAGAGUAUUUCUUCAGAGUUCGUGCUGAAAAUCAUGCAGGACUCAGUGAGCCAAAGGAAAUGAUAAUUCCUGUGAUUGUAAAAGAUCAACUCAAUGCCCCUGAAUUUGACAUGAAGAACUUCCCACACAACACUGUUUAUGUGAGAGCAGGAUCAAAUCUGAAGUUUGAGCUUCCUCUCACUGGCAAGCCCAUGCCAAAAGUCACAAUGACAAGAAACAAUGUUCCAGUGAGGUGUGGAAAGAGAUUUAGUUUUGAAGUAACACCAGAGAGUCUAAAUAUCAGCCUCAAAGAAAGUAUUGCAAAUGAUGCUGGAAGAUAUGACAUUGUUGCCUCAAAUACCAGUGGAACAACCAAGAUGUUCAUUAAUAUACUGGUGUUAGAUAGACCAGGUCCUCCAGUUGGUCCAGUUGAAAUCAGUGAUGUUGGAGAAACAUCACUGUGCCUAAAAUGGUUACCACCUGUGUAUGAUGGCAGUAGUCCAGUGACCAAUUAUGUUGUGCUUAGACGUGAAACAAGCACUCCAGCUUGGGUAGAGGUGUCAUCCACAGUUGCCAGGAAUGCAAUUAAAGUUACUAAAUUAACAAAGGGUGAAGAAUACCAAUUCCGAAUUAAAGCGGAGAAUCGCCUUGGUAUCAGUGAUCACAUUGAUUCUCAGACUGUCACUGUGAAACUUCCAUACACAAUUCCUGGACCACCAUCAACACCAUGGAUGAGCUUUGUUUCGAGAGAAAGCCUUACAGUUUGCUGGCAUGAACCUGUAGCAGAUGGAGGGAAUCCAGUAUUUGGAUACCAUGUCCAAAUGAAAGAAAGAAGCAGCAUUCUAUGGCAGAAAGUGAACAAGACCGCAAUCCCUGCUAAUCAAAUCAGGGUGACAAAAAUAUGCCCGGGUAUGAUUUAUGAAUUCAAGGUUGCUGCAGAAAAUGCUGCUGGUAUUGGUAAAUUCAGCAAGACAUCAGAGGAAGUACUUGCCAUUGAUGCUUGUGAACCUCCAGCAAAUGUGAGAAUCUCUGAAAUUACAAAGACCUCAGUUAGCCUUGUCUGGCAGAAGCCUCCUUUUGAUGGUGGAUCUAAGAUCACUGGCUACAUAGUUGAGAGAAGAGAUGCUCCAAAUGGCAGAUGGACAAAGGCUAACUUUACCAAUGUUAUUGAGACAAACUUCACUGUAUCAGGCUUGACACAAGAUCAGUCAUAUGAAUUUAGAGUCUUUGCCAAAAAUGCAGUUGGGUCUGUGAGCAAUCCAUCUCUCAUUGCUGGACCAGCAACUUGUGUGGACAUUUCUGGUGCCCCAGUAAUAGACCUGCCUCCUGAGUACCUAGAUGUUGUGCAAUAUAAAGCUGGAUCUUCUGUUAAGAUAAAACUGGGAAUUAUGGCUAAGCCACUGCCAACAAUUGAAUGGUUCAAGGAUGAAAAGGAAUUAGUGUCAAGUGCACAGCUAUCAAUUGAGAGCGCCACUGAUUCAUCUGCCAUUCUGAUCAAGGAUGCCACUCGUCAUAACACGGGGACAUAUGAAUUAAAGACCAAGAAUGUGUUUGGCACAGCUUCUGCCUCCAUCAGAAUAUUGAUUCUAGACAAACCAGGCCCUCCAGCUGGAAAUAUUGAAUUCAGAUCAGUAACUGCUGACACCAUAGUAAUUCGUUGGGAGCCAGUAACAGAUGACGGAGGUUCCAAAGUCACCCAUUAUAUUGUGGAGAAAAGAGAGACGAGUAGAGUUGUAUGGUCUACUGUUUCUGACUGUAUGGAGGAGUGUACAGUCUCUGUCCAGAAGCUGAUGAGAGGAGGUGAAUAUGUCUUCCGUGUCAGAGGAGUCAACAAAUUUGGGCCUGGAGAUCCUCUGGAGUCUGAACCGAUUAUUGCCAAGAAUGCAUUUGUUACUCCUGGACAACCUACCACACCAGAGGCAACAGAAAUCACUAGAACUUCCAUGAAACUUGUAUGGGAUAAACCAGGGGUGGAUGGCGGUAGCAGAGUUACAGGUUACUAUGUACAGAGACGUGACAAGAAGAAUCUGCGUUGGAUUAAAAUCUACAAAGACCCCAUUUGUGACACAACAGCAAAGGUCCAUCACCUGACUGAAGGAAAUGAAUAUCAGUAUCGUGUGUGUGCAAUCAACAGAGCUGGAGAAGGUCCAUUCUCGGAUGUUUCUGACUUUUACAAAGCAGCUGACCCGGUUGAUACACCUUCUGAGCCUACGAAGCUCAAAGUUGUUGAUUCAACUAAAACUUCAAUUACUCUUGGAUGGUCCAAGCCAGUGUAUGAUGGAGGCAGUGAAAUUACUAGCUACAUUGUGGGAAAAAGGGUUGGUGAGGAAGGAGAAUGGGCAGUAAUAAGUAAAAAAGGUGAAGUCAGAACUACUGAGUAUGUUGCUUCAGGUCUUAUGCCAGAUGUUGACUACUACUUCCGUGUAUCUGCUAUGAAUUGUGCUGGUCUUGGAGACCCAAUAGAGAUGGAGGAACCAGUCCAAGCUAAAGAUAUUCUUGAGGAAGCUGACAUUGACAAAGAUGUUGCAAUGAGAACUCAUUACAUUGUAAAAGCUGGCAAAGAUGUUGAAAUCAUGGUUCCUCUCAAAGGCAGACCUGCCCCUCGUGUUUCUUGGAAGAAACAGGACCAAAACAUUGACAAUGACCCUAAAUAUGAUAUACACAACACAGACACUUCAUCCUGCCUUGUACUUUCUCAUGUAACCCGCAAUGAUAGUGGCAAAUACACUAUUGAGCUAUCAAAUGGGGUAGGACAACCAAAAUCAUUGACACUAUCUGUAAAAGUACAGGACACUCCUUCUGCUUGUAGAAAUCUGGUCCUGAAAGAUGUCACUCGUGGAAAAGUGACCUUAUGCUGGGAACCUCCUCUUCUUGAUGGUGGUGCUGAAAUUACUAACUAUAUUGUUGAGAAAAGAGACUCUUCAAAGCGCACAUAUGCUGCUGUAACCAACACAUGUAUGGAAAUGACAUAUGAAAUUGAUGAGCUCUCUGAGAAGAUAUCAUACUUUUUCCGUGUAUCAGCAGAAAACGAGAAUGGAGUUGGUGAGCCAUGUGAGACAGCAGAGCCAGUUAAAGCCACUGAGAAACCUGGUCCUGUCAAAGAUCUUGCUAUGAAAGACUCCUCAAAAACAUCAGUGAUGUUGCAGUGGAACAAACCAGAUUAUGAUGGUGGUAGCAUUAUUACUGAUUACAUAAUUGAAAAGAAACUUCAUGGUCAAGAAGAAUGGGCUCCUGCUGGAACAAACAAGCAUUGUGAGCAUGAGGUCACAAAACUUAAAGAGCUCACAGACAUGUUCUUCCGAGUCUGCUCAAAGAAUGAGAAAGGCACCAGCGAAUUUACAGAGAUUGGUCCAAUUAAAGUAAAGGAAUAUAUCAUUCCACCAGAGGCAAACCUUGAGGAGUAUCCUGAUGGACAAGUCAGUGUUCGCAUUGGUCACAAUGUACAUAUUGAGCUUCCAUACAGAGGGAAACCAAGGCCAUCGGUUAUUUGGCUAAAGGACAAUUUGCCACUGAAAGAGAGUGGAACGGUUCGCUUCAAGAAGACAGAAAACAAGGCAACUCUUAUGAUAAAGAAUGUCGAAAAAGAGAAUGGUGGUAAAUAUACACUUACACUUGACAACACCGUCUGCAGGAAAUCAUUCCAUAUACAAGUCAUUACCCUUGGAAAGCCAUCCAGACCCAUUGGACCAAUUCGUUUGGAUGAAGUCAGAUCAGAAAGUAUAAGGAUUUCUUGGGAUGAACCAAAUGAUGAUGGCGGUGGAAAAAUCACCUGCUACAGCGUUGAAAAAUGUGACACCUCCCAGCCAGAUUGGAAGAUGGCUUGUUCACAUGUUAUAGGAACUACAUUCAAUGUACCAAAUUUAAUCAAAGGAACUCAGUAUCAGUUCAGAGUAUGUGCAGAGAACAGGUACGGUGUGAGUGAACCUCUGAUUUCACAAAAUGUCAUUGCCAAGCAUGAGUUUAGACCUCCAGGUGCACCAGGCAUGCCAUUUGUCUACAAUGUCACAAACGAUGGCAUGACUAUUCAGUGGGACGCACCCAUCUUUGAUGGUGGCUGCCCAGUACUUGGUUACCAUGUUGAAAAGAAAGAGACAAACAGCAUCAUGUGGUCAAAGGUCAACCUAGUCUUGGUGACUGCAAGGGAAUAUAGAAUUCUUGGCCUUAUUGAAGGCCUGCAAUACCAAUUCAGGGUCUAUGCUCAAAAUGAUGCUGGAUAUAGUCGUAUGAGUGAUGAGAGCAAACCAACUAUGGCUGUUUCUCCUGUUGAUCCUCCUGGAACUCCUGACUAUGUUGAUAUAACUAGUGAAUCUGUGAAAUUGAAAUGGGAUGCACCUAAAAGAGAUGGUGGAAGUAAAAUUGUUGCCUACUACAUUGAGAAACGUCAGGGCCAGGGUCGCUGGUUGAAGACAAACUUCACAAAUGUAGUUGGCACAGAGUUUAUAGUGACUGGUUUAACUUGUGGUGAACGAUAUGAAUUCAGAGUUAUAGCUAGGAAUGCCAUUGGCACCAUCAGCCCACCUUCUCAGUCUUCUGGCUAUGUUCUCAUCAGAGAUGAAAGCUCUGCUCCAAAUAUUGAAUUUGGACAGGAAUACUUUGAAGGGGUUGCCAUCAAAGCAGGGGAUAGCAUCAAACUUAAAGUCACAAUUACAGGAAGACCAACACCCAGGGUCAAAUGGUUCAGGGAUGAUGUUGAACUAACUAAGAAGAUGGUAGAUAUCACAACAGCUGCUGGCUCAAGCACCCUCUUUAUUAGAGAUGCUGACCGCUCUCACCGUGGGCUCUAUACUGUAGAAGCUAAAAACCAGUGCGGAACCAAGAAAGAGCAAAUUAAAGUUGAAGUCUUUGAUACACCUGGCGAGCCUGUUGGACCAAUUGUCUUCACAAACAUCUCAGAGGGCAAAGUCACAUUUUCAUGGAAUCCACCAGAAAAUGAUGGCUGCUCUGAGGUUACUCAUUAUGUCAUUGAGAAGCGAGAGACCUCCAAAAUUUCCUGGACAUUAGUUACAGAUCACUGUGAGGAGUGUAUCUACAAUGCUACCAAACUGAUCAAGACCAAUGAGUACCAGUUCCGUGUGUCUGCUGUAAACAGAUUUGGAGUCAGUAGACCACUGGAUUCUGUUCCUGUCAUUGCCCAAAUGCAAUACACUAUUCCAGACUCUCCUGGAACUCCUGAUGCCACCAAUGCUGAUGGAGAGAGUAUUACAAUUGGAUGGACUGCACCAACAAAUGAUGGAGGAAAUGCAAUUAAACAUUACAUUGUUGAAAGACGUGAGAAGAAGACUGGGCGAUGGGUAAAGGUCUUGACUAGGAAACCAAUUACUGAGGCUGGUCACAGAGUAACACAUCUCACUGAGAAUGUGGAGUAUGAAUUCCGUGUUUAUGCUGUUAAUGAUGCUGGAGUUGGACCACCAAGUAAUAUUUCAAUGCCUAUUAAAUGUGCAGAGCCAACUGAAGAACCAGAUGGUCCUUCAAUUGUAAAUGUUACUGAUACCACCAACACAUCUGUCAGUCUGGAAUGGACCAGACCUGGCUAUGAUGGUGGCAUGGAGGUCCAUGGAUACAUCAUUGAGAUGUGCAAGGGAGCUGAAAAAGAAUGGCAUAGAGUCAAUGAAGAUCUUUGCUCUGUCACAAAGUACACUGCCACUGGUUUGGAAACAGGUGCAGAGUACAAGUUCCGCAUUACUGCAGUUAAUGCAGUUGGAAAGAGUGAACCUAAAGAGAUCUCUGAGCCAGUACAAGCAGUAGAUAGACUAUCUGCACCGGAGAUUGAUAUUGAUGCAAGCUUCCAACAGACACACGUUGUGAAAAGGGGUGGCAGUGUAUGUAUCCGUGUAGCUUUCAAAGGAAAACCAGCACCUACAGUUUCAUGGAUAAAGGCGGAUGGAGAACUGGGGGUAAUGGCUGAUGUAACUACCACAGAGACCUUCACUUGUUUGACACUGGGAAAUUGUACACGGAAUGACAGUGGCAAAUACACUCUCACUCUCGAGAACAGCAGCGGUAACAAAUCCAUCACUAUUACAGUUAAAGUGCUGGACACACCUGGAGCACCAGGUCCUUUCACUUUCAAGGAUGUUCUAAGAGGUGCCCUUACACUUAUGUGGGAGCCACCAGUCAAUGAUGGUGGUGCACGUGUUCAUCACUAUGUUGUGGAGAAGCGUGAGGCUAGCCGGCGUACAUGGACAGAAGCAGGACCUAAGUGCACUCAAACAAGCAUGAGAAUUUCGGAGCUCCUAGAAGGAGUACCCUACUUCUUUAAGGUUAUGGCGGAAAAUCAGUAUGGCCUUGGUGAGGCUUAUGAAAUGCCUGAUCCAGUUAUUGCCACUGCUGAACCAGCUCCACCAAAGAGACUGGACAUUAUUGAUACCACUGAUACAACAGUUACUCUUGCCUGGAUGAAGCCUGAACAUGAUGGUGGCAGCCGUAUCACAGCUUAUUGUGUAGAGGCUAAAGCAAAAGGAACCGAUAAAUGGGUUGUUGGAGGUUUGACCAAAAACUUAAUUCUUGUUGUUGAGGGUUUAACUGAAGGUACAGAGUACGAAUUCCGUGUCAAAGCUAAGAAUGAUGCAGGUUACAGUGUAGCUAGAGAGGCUCUCUCUUCUGUUGUUGUUAAAGAGCCCCGUAUUGAGCCAACUGCAGAUCUCAGCGGCAUUACCAACCAGCUUAUCAACUGCAAGUCUGGGAGUUCAUUUGAAAUUGAUAUUCCAAUUAGUGGCAGACCAGCACCCAAAGUCACUUGGAAGCUUGAAGAAAUGAGACUAAAAGAAACUGACAGGGUCUCAAUCAAGACCACCAAAAAUAGGACCACUCUUACACUUAAAGAAAGUAUGAGAGGUGAUGGAGGAAGGUACUUCCUUACCCUUGAGAAUGUGACUGGGACAAAGACUUUCAUUGUCACUGUCAAUGUCAUUGGCAGACCCAGUCCUCCAGAGGGGCCUAUUGAGGUUUCUUCAAUUACAGCUCAGUCUUGUGAAUUGUCAUGGAAUGAGCCUGAGGAUGAUGGUGGAACUGAAAUAACAAACUACAUUGUUGAGAAGCGUGAGUCUGGCUCAACUGCCUGGCAGCUUAUCAACUCUAGUGUGAAACGAAACUCGUUCCAUGUUUCACAUCUAACAAAGUACAUGCAGUACACGUUCCGUGUCUCAGCAGAAAACAGAUUUGGUGUGAGCAAACCAACUGAGUCUGAAACAAUUGUUGCAGAGCAUCCAUUUGUUCCACCAGGGCCUCCAACUAGACCAGAAGUGUUUGCUGUUUCUGCUAACAGCAUGAGCAUUCGUUGGGAGGAGCCAUAUCAUGAUGGUGGUAGUAAGGUCACUGGAUACUGGAUUGAGAAAAAGGAACGCAACACUAUUCUCUGGGUCAGAGAAAAUACCAUCCCCUGUUUUGAAUGUUACUACAAGGUGGAUGGCCUUAUUGAAGGUCUUGAGUACCAGUUCAGAGUGUAUGCUAUGAAUAGUGCUGGCUUCAGCAAAGCAAGUGAAGCCUCAAAGAGAGCUGUGGCUCAAAAUCCAGUUGAUCCCCCAGGCAAGCCAGAAGUAACUGAUGUGUCAAGAUCAGCAGUGUCUAUUAAAUGGUCUGUGCCUCUGAAUGAUGGUGGAAGCCCAAUUUCAGGUUACAUUGUUGAGCGUAAGCCAUAUACUGUCUCUGGAGAGGGUAGAUGGCUGAAGUGUAAUUACACUAAUGUUGCUGAUACCAAAUUCACCAUUACUGCACUGGAAGAAGGGGAAGUAUACGAGUUCCGUGUGAUUGCAAAGAAUGCUAAUGGAGUGUUCAGCAUGGCAUCGGUUUCAACAGGAGCAGUGACUUGCAAAGCUGAAUACACACCUCCAAAAGCAGAACUGGAUAGUAAACUCCUCGCGGACACAGUUACUGUCAGAGCAGGGUCAGACCUGGUUCUCGAUGCUGCUGUUGGUGGCAAACCCGAGCCAAAAGUCUGCUGGGCCAAGGGACAGAAGGAGCUAGAGCUUUGUGAGAAAUAUUCUUUGCAGUAUUCUAGCACCCGUGCUCUGGCAAUUAUCAAGUUCUGUGACAGAGAUGAUACUGGAAGGUAUGUUCUGACAGUGAAGAAUGCCAGUGGAACCAAGACAGCUGAAGUCAAUGUGAAGGUGCUUGAUACACCGGGCCCAUGCCGGGAGAUAAAAGUAAGCAAUGUAACCGAGGAGAAAUGCACUGUGUCCUGGCAAAAGCCACUAGAGGAUGGUGGUGACCCCAUUACACACUAUAUUGUGGAAAGAAGGGACACUAACAGACUUAAUUGGGUCAUCGUGGAGGCUGAAUGCAAGGCCUUCAUAUAUACCAUUACUAGACUUUUCAAGAACCAUCAAUAUAUUUUCCGUGUUAGAGGUGUAAACAAGUAUGGAGCUGGUGUGGCACUGCAGUCUUCACCCAUCUUUGCAAGAAAUUCAUUCACCAUUCCAUCACCUCCGGGAGCGCCAGAGAUUAUUGCAGUUGGAAAAGACUUCGCAACAAUUGAGUGGCUAAAACCUGAAAAUGAUGGUGGUAGUGAAGUCAUAAACUAUCUGAUUGAGAAGAAAGAGAGAAAGAGCAUCAGAUGGAUCAAGGUUAAUAAAGACUCUAUACUCAAGGACACAACCUUCAAGGUUACUGGUUUACAAGAGGGCAACAUUUAUCAGUUCCGUGUUACAGCCAUAAAUGCUGCUGGAGAUAGUGAGCCUAGUGAGGUGUCCAUGUAUGCAGUGUGCCGAGCACCAACAGGCAAACCAGAUGCUCCUUCAAUUCCACGUGUAACAGACACCCACAAGGACAGCAUUAGUCUGGCCUGGACAAGACCGAUAGAAGAUGGAGGUGCCGAUGUUCUCGGUUACAUUCUUGAAAUGAAAGAAUUAGGAACAGAGGAAUGGAUCAAGACCCAUGAGAAGACUCUGAGAGUCACAGAACACACUGUGACAGGUUUGAUAACUGGUAAAAAGUACUGCUUCAGAGUUGCUGCAGUCAAUGUCAAUGGAGCAGGUGACUUUAGUGACCCAUGUACUGAAGUAGAGCCCAUUGAAAGAAUUGAAAUACCUGAUCUUGAGCUUCCGGAUGAUCUAAAGAAGACAAUAUGCCUGAGAGCUGGAGGCUCACUGCGUCUUCAUGUAACUGUUACUGGAAGACCAGUUCCAGUUAUCACCUGGAGCAAGCCUGGUGUGGAUCUCCAAAACCGUGGAUACAUUGAAGUGACAGAUACUUCCACAACUCUGAUCAUUGACAAGAUUCAUCGCUAUGAUGCUGGAAAAUACACCCUUGAAGCCUCUAAUUCAGCUGGCAAGAAGGAUGCUAGCAUUCUUGUCAAGAUCUACGAUACACCUGGUCCACCAGGCCCCAUUAAAAUAAAGGAGCUCACAACACAGUCUGCUCACAUUACAUGGGAUGCCCCCAAGGUUGAUGGUGGAGCACCUGUUAACAAUUAUAUCAUUGAGAGAAGAGAGACAUCAAUGAGAGCCUACAAAACCAUUACUUCUAAAUGCAGCAAGACAUCAUAUAAAAUUACAGGACUGUCAGAGGGAAUGCUCUACUACUUCAGAGUGUUGCCAGAAAACAUCUAUGGCAUAGGUGAACCUCGUGAGACACCAGAUGCUGUGUUGGUGUGUGAAGUGCCACUGCCUCCAGCUAAACUUGACAUUGUAGAUGUCACAAAGUCAUCUGUUACUCUUGGAUGGGAGAAACCUAAACAUGAUGGAGGCAGCAGAAUCAUUGGCUACAUUGUUGAAGCUUGCAAGGCUGGUGUAGAUAAAUGGAUGAAAGUUGCUACUUUAAAAUUAACAGACUUUGAAUACACUCUUGAAAAACUGAAUGAAAAUGAGCAGUACCUAUUCAGGGUAUGUGCUCUCAACAGCAAAGGAAUUGGUGAACCCAAAGAAAUUGUUACUGCUGUAACAGUGCAAGAACAAAGAAUUAUGCCAAGGAUUGAUCUAUCAAGCAUUCCACAAAAGAUGAUCAGUGUUUUGGCAGGCAAACCUCUUGAACUUGAUUUACCAAUCAGUGGAAGGCCACCUCCAGUUUCCUCCUGGUACUUUAAUGACAAUAAGUUGAAGAUACAGCAACGUGUGAAGAUUCAGUCAACUGCGAAAUUCUGCAAGUUAACUGUGCUUGACACAACAAUUGAUGAUACAGGAGAAUACGUACUUGAAUUAAAGAAUAUUACAGGAAUUACUACAGAGAAGAUUAAAGUAGUCAUUCUUGACAAACCUGAUGAGCCUAAAGGACCUAUUCGUUUUGAUGAGAUAGAUGCAACCUCAGUUACAAUAAGCUGGGACCCACCAGAGAGAGAUGGAGGUGCUCCUGUAACUAACUAUGUCGUUGAACAACGUGAUGCUCAUCGUCCAGGAUGGGUACCUGUUUCUGAAUCAGUCAGCAGGCCAAGCUUUAAAUUUGACAGGUUGACAGAGGGAGACGAAUAUGUCUUCCGUGUUUCAGCGGUCAAUCGCUACGGUGCUGGAGAGUUCUUGCAGUCAGAAAUUGUUGAAUGCAGGAGUUCUAAAUCCAUUCCUGGACCACCAGGCCGCCCAGUAGUAUUUGAUGUGUCCCGGGAUGGCAUGACCGUUGCUUGGGAACCACCAGAUGAGGAUGGUGGUUUAGAGGUAGCUGGCUACAUCAUUGAGCGCAAAGAGGUCAGAGCUGACAGAUGGAUCCGUGCUAAUAAGAACCCCGUGACAAUGACAAGAUACAGAUCCACUGGUCUGAUUGAAGGCCUGGAAUAUGAGCACAGAGUCACAGCCAUCAAUGCUAGAGGUGUAGGCAAACCCAGUCUUCUGUCGAAACCAGCUGUGGCAACUGAUCCAGUCGAUCCACCUGGCUCACCUCAGAACCCGAGAAUCAUAGACACCACCAAGACAUCUGUGUCUUUGGCCUGGAAUCCACCUGAUGAGGAGGGUGGCUCUAAAGUAACUGGCUAUCUAAUUGAGAUGCAGAAGGUUGGUUCUGUAACCUGGAUUAAGUGCAAUACUACACCUACAAUGAUUUGUGAAUACACCCUGACCAAAAUGCCUCAAGGCGAGGAGUUCAAAUUCAGAGUCUUGGCUUGUAAUCCUGGUGGACCAGGUGAACCUGCUGAAGUGCCAGGAACGGUCACUGUGACAGAGAUGCUUGAACCUCCAAGCCAUGACCUUGAAGCUAAGUACAAAGAUAUACUUUUUGUCCGACAUGGAGCAGUCAUCAGACUUUCAGUUCCAAUCAAAGGCAAGCCAACACCUGUUUGCAAAUGGACAAAGGAUGGCUCUGAGGUCUCGAACCGUGCAAUGAUUGCCUCCAGUGAGGAUAUUACUGAGCUUGUUAUCAAGGAUGCUGAACGAUCUGACUCUGGUGUAUACGUUCUCCAUCUUGAAAACAAAUGUGGCAAAAAGAUGGUGCAAAUCAAGGUCAACGUUAUUGGCCGUCCAGCAGCUCCUGAAGGUCCGCUUAGAUUUGAGGAUAUUCAAGCUCAUUCUGUAAGAGUGAGCUGGAAGCCACCAAAGGAUGAUGGUGGCACAGAAAUCCUUGGCUAUAUUGUGGAACGACGUGAGGUAACAAAGGCAGCCUGGUAUACUGUUGACUCCAGAGUAGUUGACACAUCUUUGGUGGUCAAAGGUCUACAUGAAAAUACUGAAUACCACUUUAAGGUGACAGCAGAGAAUAAGUUUGGCAUCAGUGGCUCUCUUAAAUCUGAACAACCUGUUGUACCAAAGACUCCAAUUUGUGUGCCAGAAGCUUCAAGCAUACCACCAGAAAUCAUGGAUGUUACCAAGUCCUCUGCUGAUUUGGCUUGGGUUAAACCUAAAGAUGAUGGUGGAUCACAGAUCAUUGGAUACUUCAUUGAGUAUAAAGAGGUCUCAUCUGACAAAUGGGUUCGCCAUGAGAUGAGGGUUACUUCCACUAUGUACACUCUCAGCGGACUCACUACUGAUGCAGAAUAUCAGUUCCGUGUGAUUGCUGUAAAUGACAUUGGAGAGAGUGAACCUGGACCUGCAUCAGAUUCUGUCAUAUGCAAAGAUCCAUUUGACAAACCAAGUCAACCAGGGGAGGUAGACACUUCAGCUGUAACUAAAGAUUACAUAACUAUUCAAUGGGAAGCUCCUCAAUGUGAUGGUGGAAAGCCAGUUCUUGGCUAUUGGGUUGAGUACAGAAAAUCAGGGGAGAGCACUUGGAAGAAAUGUAACAGAGAGCUAUUAAAGGAAAGAGAAUUUACUCAGGGUGAUUUGCAAGAAGCCACUGAAUAUGAAUUUAGAGUGUUUGCUGAAAAUGAAACUGGAAUCAGCAGACCUCGUAGGACCGCAGCAGGAAUUAAAACUAAACUAGGUGUUGGAACUAUACCAGCCCUCAGAAAAGAGAUGGAUGAAGUUACUGCCAAGCUUGGACAGACUGCCACCCUAAAAUGUCAAAUUAUUGGAAGGCCUGUUCCACAAAUUAAGUGGUACAAACGUGGAAAGGAAAUCAAAGAGGGCCGCAAAUAUGCUGCAACCUCUGAUGGCCGCAACCAUACUUUAACUAUCUCAACAGACCAACAAAAAGAUGAAGGCCUGUACACAUGCAAGGCUGUGAAUGAAGCUGGAGAAUGUGAGACCAGUGGAACCUUGGUUCUGGAAGCAGCACCUCAAUUCCCUGCCCCACUAAAAGACAAAACCUUUGCAGGAUGUGGUACAACUGUGCGUAUUCAUGCCGUGUAUAUAGGUCGUCCUGAACCCAAAAUUAUGUGGCUUCAUGGGGCCAAACCUUUGGAGCCCUCUGAGAAUGUCAUUAUUGAGAACACAGAGCAUUACACUCACUUGAUAUUAAAGAAUGUCAAACGUAGGGUGAAUGGUGGAAAGUACAGAAUCAGGAUCAACAACCACUUUGGCUCUGCCGAUACCGUAACUCACCUUGAAAUCCUAGACAAACCUGACAUGCCUGAAGGGCCUAUUGUUCUCGAAGCUUUAUUGAAGAAUUCUGUGAUAAUAAGUUGGAAGGCAUCAAAAGAUGAUGGUGGAUCAAUGAUAACAAACUACAUUGUGGAGAAGCAUGAAGACAAAGAAGGUGCCAAGUGGCAACUUGUCUCAUCAUCUAUUACGGGCACCUCAUGUCGCAUUCCCAAUCUUGUGGAAAAUGAAGGUUACUUCUUCCGCAUUUCGGCACAAAACCGUUAUGGCAUCAGUGAACCACUGCAGACUCCAUCUGCUAUUCUUAUCAAGAGUCAAUUAGAUAAGCCAGGUGCACCUGUUAAACCUCUUGUAUCUGGAGUGACCAAGAACUCCUGCGUUGUUUCUUGGAAACCACCUCUUUUUGAUGGUGGGUCCAAGAUCAAAAGUUACAGGCUUGAAAAGAAGGACAAAAAGACAGGUGAAUGGGUUGCUGUAACCACUGAUGAGAUUCAUCAGACAGUUUAUUCAGUCAAGAGGCUUACAGAAGGCCUGGAGUAUGUUUUCCGUGUGAGAUGUGAAAACCUUGGUGGAGAGAGUGAAUACAGCGAAGAGUCAGAUCCUGUUGUUCCAAGAACAGAUGUUGAAGUGCAUGCUCCUGCCUUUAAGGAAGACCUCAGGAAUAUGAGUGUGAAGUACAAGAGCAAUGCAACAUUUGUUUGCAAGAUAACAGGACAACCCAAACCUGUGAUCAAAUGGUUCAAGCGUGGCAAAGAAAUUCAGGCAGAUGGAGUCAAACUCAAGAUCCAGGAAUUCAAGGGAGGUUAUCAUCAACUUGUCAUUGCUAAUGCUGAUGAGGAAGAUUCAACUGUCUAUCAGAUCAGAGCAACAAACCAGGGAGGCUCAAUUUCUGCAACCGUUUCUCUUGAUGUUGAAAUACCAGCAAAGAUUCAUUUACCUAAGAACCUACAACAUAAAGAGGCCCUCUGUGCUCUUCGUGGUGAAGUGGUGAACAUCAAGAUUCCAUUCAGUGGAAAACCAGAUCCAGUUAUCACUUGGCAGAAGGGACAAGAUCUUAUUGAUAACAAUGGGUAUUACCAAGUCAUUGUCACAAGAUCAUUCACAUCUCUUAUGUUUCCGAAUGGAGUGGAUCAGAAGGAUGCUGGUUUCUAUAUUGUCUGUGCGAAGAACAGAUUUGGCAUUGACCAACAAACAGUCGAACUUGAUGUUGCAGACGUCCCUGAUUCACCUCGUAGCAUCAAAGCCAGUGAUGUGUCUAGGGAUUCUGUAACACUUAAUUGGGUAGCACCUGCCAGUGAUGGAGGAAGUAGAGUUAGAAACUACAUUAUUGAGAAGUGCGCCACUACAGCAGAGAGAUGGAUCCGUGUUGCCCAGUCACGUGACACUCAUUACACUGUCACCGACCUGUUUGGAAAAACAAGCUACCAAUUCCGUGUAAUAGCCGAGAACAAAUUUGGCCAGAGUGCACCUUCUGAACCAAGUGGACCAGUUGUGACAAAAGAAGAUAAAUCAAGAGUUCUUAACUAUGAUGAGGAAGUUGAUGACAGCAGACCUGUCUUUAAGGGUAAAGCUCCUCAUUCAGAGGUUAAGAAUGUACACAACAAAUAUAUGGUCGCUGAAGAGCUCGGCCGUGGGCAGUUUGGCAUUGUGCAUCGCUGCAUUGAGAUUAGUUCUAAGAAGACAUUCCUCGCCAAAUUUGUUAAAGUAAAAAGUGCAGAUCAAGCAAUAAUAAAGAAAGAAAUUGCCACUCUAAAUGUGGCACGUCAUAAGAACUUCCUGCAACUCCAUGAAUCAUUUGACAGUCCUGAAGAACUGGUUAUGAUAUUUGAGUUUAUAUCUGGUGUUGACAUAUUUGAGCGUCUUGGCACAGCUAACUUUGAGCUCAAUGAACGUGUAAUUGUUAAUUACAUCAGACAGGUAUGUGAAGCACUUGAGUUUCUACACAGCAAGAGUUAUGGUCAUUUUGAUAUCAGGCCUGAGAAUAUAGUGUACACCACAAGAAGGGGAACUACAAUCAAGAUCAUUGAACUGGGACAAGCUAGACAUCUCACUCCUGGAGAACAAAUCAAGAUUCAGUACACAGCAGCUGAAUAUUCAGCACGUGAGAUUCAUCAAAAUGAGCUGGUCAGCACUGUCACAGACAUGUGGUCUGUUGGCGUUCUAGCAUACGUUCUCCUCAGUGGACUCAAUCCAUUCAUUGCAGAAACUAAUCAACAAAUGAUUGACAACAUCUCCAAUGCUGAAUACAGUUUUGAUGAUGAGUACUUUAAAGAGGCAAGUGUUGAGGCACUCGACUUCAUAGAUCGUCUUCUUAAUAAAGACCGUAAACAUCGUAUGACAGCUGCUGAAGCUUUGAAUCAUCCUUGGCUGACAAUGAACACAGAGGAGCUCAACAGUAAGUCAAUCAAUACCACAAGACACAAGAGAUACUACCAAGCUAUGGUGAGAAAAGAAUGGAACACUGUUGUCUCAUCUGCUCGUAUUGCAAGUGGUGGUGCUAUCAGAAGUCAGAGAGGUGUAACAGUUGCCAAAGCAAAGAUCGCACCUUUUGAACAUGGUCCAGUUGCUGGACAAAUUAAACACAGUGUUGCUGAUGAAGGUGAUGAUGUCAAAUUUAUUUGCAACAUUGAGAACUAUGAUAGCAGUACUGAGGUUACAUGGUACUGUGGAGUCCGACAACUAGAGGAAAGUGCCAAAUGUGAAAUUACCUAUGACGAGGGGCUUGCUACAAUAACUAUCAAGGGUAUCACUAGAUCAGAUGAUGGAACAUACCGAUGCAAAGUUGUCAAUGAAUACGGUGAAGACAGUGCAUAUGCGGAGCUCUUUGUUAAAGGCAUCAGAGACUAUCGCAGCUUCUUCACCGCACGUGUGGUAAAGAAAGUCAAACGCAGAAUAGACACAGCCCGUCUUCUCCAAAGACCUCCAGAAUUCACCCUUCCACUGUGCAACCGCACUGCUUACCUUGGUGAAACUGUUCGCUUUAGUGUCACCAUCACAGUACACCCUGAGCCACGUGUUACAUGGCUGAAAUCUGGGCAGAAGUUUUCCCCAGGAGAUGAUGACAGGAAAUAUACUUUUAUAAGUGACAAAGGUCUGUAUCAAUUAUUUAUUCACAAACUUGAUUCUGAUGAUGAUGCUGAAUAUACUGUGGUGGCACGCAACAGGUAUGGUGAUGAUAGCUGUAAGGCUCGUCUCACAGUGAUUCCUCGCCCUGCACCUGCUGAUAAUACACUGAGACCCAUGUUCAAGCGCCUACUGGCAAACUUGGGGUGCAAAGAGGGCCAGAGUGUACGCUUUGAGAUAAGAGUGUCAGGAUCACCGUCACUGAAAUGGGAAAAGGAUGGUACACCUUUGGCAUUUGGUCCACAGAUUGAAGUUGUUCAUGAGGGUUUGGACUACUUUGUCUUACAUAUAAGAGACACUCUUCCAGAAGAUUCUGGAACAUACAGAGUAACUGCCACUAACUCUGCUGGUUCUGCAAGUUGCCAAGCCACACUUAGGGUUGAACGUGUGACACAUGUCAAGAAGGACUUUGAGAGUGAGGAGGAUAAGAGGACGAAGCAAGCUCUAGACCAACAGCAGAUUGACAAGAAAGUACGAUUAACACAGAUUCUGACUGGUACAGAUGUCAUGCCACUUACUGCUGUAGCAAAACAGGCAUUGAGAGAGGCCACAACUAUGUUUAAGCCAGCAGUAACCACCAAAAAAGUAAAGACUGAAGCUGAGGAAGCAAAGGAAAAAGAAGAAAGAAAGAAAAGGGCAGAGGAAAAGAGAUUGAGAAUGCCAUAUGUUGUCCCUCCACCUCAUCUUUAUGGUCCUACUACUCUUGAGGAAGACCUGGAGAUCAAGCACUUUAAACCCUUAUCUGAUAUGAAGUGGUACAAGAAACUACGAGAUCAAUAUGAGUUCCCUGAGCCAAUGGAAAAGCUUCCUCAGAAAAGACUUAAGCGUAUUCGACUGUCACGGUGGGAACAAUUUUAUGAAGUGCCCUUGCCAAGGAUUAAAGACCAGUACAAGCCAAAAUGGCAUAUACUAGCUUCACAAGAUGACUUGGAAACUGUAAGACCAGCAAGACGAAGAACACCUUCACCAGAAAUGGAAGCUUACUACAGAAUAAGAAGGCGCUCACUUGGUGAUCUUUCUGAUGAGGAACUGCUUCUUCCUGUUAAUGAAUACCUGUCAAUGAAGAGUACUGAGGAGGAAAGACUUAAACUUGAAGAGGAACUUAGAUUAGGUUACUCUGCUUCUCCACCAAGUCUAAGUCCUGUACGCUUUGAACUCUCUGCUUUGCGUCCUCCAUCACCAAAGAGGACUGCUUAUGAGGAUGAGGAAGAAGGAGAGGAAGUUCCCACAUAUGACUCUUAUCGCAUUCCCCAAAAGUACGAGGCUGGCCCAAGCUACAUUGAUCUACGACAGCGACAUGAUAAAGCAACAUACAGACAUAGGCAUAAGCAAAGGAUGUAUGAAGAAAAGGAGGACCAAGAGCUUCUUAGACCAGCCACUACUACCAGAAGGAUAACUUCUUACAAGAGUCAGUUGAAACGCAUGGAGUUUGAGGAAAAAACAAGAAUCACAAGAAAAGAGAAAACAAAAAUUUCAGUACAUGCAGUGAUUGAGGGAGACACACUUGACAUGCAUGACGUACCAGUGAUGUCAUUUUCACCUGGUUAUAGAAAGGUGACACACCCUAAGGCUGAGAAGCCUCCUACGGUGGAUGAGGACAAAAAACCAAGCAUCAGCCUUCCAAGCAUCGAGAAGAAACCUCCAGAAUCCAUGAGCCUUGUGUCAAGUGAGAAAGUAGUGUCAACACAAGACCUGUCCGUAAAGGUUGACUACAUGCAACGUUAUGAAGCAAUGAAGAAAGCUCUGAAAACCGAGACAAAGUAUGAAACCGUUUCUCAGCAGCCAUUUAGUCUUGACCAUUCACCAAGGGUGACUGUAAGAAUGCGCUCUCAUCGUGUGGCAGUUGGUCAAAAUACAAAAUUCACAUUGAACGUUCAGUCUAAGCCAGAGGCAAAAAUCCAGUGGUAUCACAACGGCCAGCCCAUUCAAGAAAGCAAUAAGUAUCGGAUGUACAACAUGAGUGGGGUUCUUUCUCUCCAGAUCACUGACUGCCAAGAAGAAGACAGUGGGACAUACCGUGUCACCUGCACAAAUGCAAAGGGAGAAGCCUCAGACUAUGCCACUCUAGAUGUUUCUGGAAGUGGAUUUUCUGUAUAUACAUCUCAGCGCAAAGAUGAAGAGGCUCCAACUCCUUUUAUACCUGAAAUGACAAGAACAGAUGUUUACCAUGUAUCAUCAUCAAAGGCAACAUCCGCCACUGAAACACACAUUUCAGAAGCAGUAACUGAAACCAAAACGUCAGAGAUCAAAUCAGAGGCAACAGAAACUGUUAUUCAUGAAGAAUAUGUGUCAUCUGAGACGAAGCUUCAAACCACAGAAAUAGUAACAGUAGAAGAAGAAGAAGCUCCAGUCGAGACAAAGAAACCAACCCUUUCUGCUACAAUUCUGACCAAGCCACAGUCGCUCACAGUUUCGGUGGGGGAGUCAGCAAAAUUUACAUGUGAUGUGGAUGGUGAACCAGCACCCAGUGUGACUUGGUUAAGGAAGGGACACGUGAUUGUAUCAUCUCAUCGUCAUCAUGUAACAACGACAGAAUAUAAGUCUACAUUUGAGAUCUCACAAGUUGAAACUUCAGAUGAAGGAAACUACACAUUGGUUGUGGAGAACUCUGAGGGCAAACAAGAAGCAGAAUUUACCCUGACUGUUCGCAAGCCAACACCUGUGCAGAAAGUUGUUGCUUCUCCCCCAAGAGUGAAGUCUCCAGAGUCUCCUCGUCUGAAGUCACCAGUUGGGAUCAAAUCCCCACCAAGAAUCAAGUCACCUGAACCAAUUAGGUCACCACAAAGAGUCAAGUCACCACUCUCACCAAAGUCACCAGCUCCAAAGGAGAAAACAACCAAGCCUAGCUUUUCAGCAGGACUGAAUGAUAUUUCUGCUUUGUCAGAUACAAUUAUCAAGCUGACAGUAAAAGUUACAGGUGUGCCGAAACCAGUGAUUUCCUGGAUGAAAGAUGGGAAGAGUGUGUCACAUGGUAGAAAAUAUGAAAUAUUUGAGGAACACAGUUCUGCACAUCUUGAAAUCUAUGACGCUGAUGUUUCUGAUAGUGGUGUUUAUGAAUGCACCGCACAAAACAGUGAUGGAUCAGUUACUACAAGAUGUACUGUAACUGUUAAAGAAUCAAGAAAAUCAACAGCAUAUGCUGUUGAAACAAAAGCAGAACUGACUGAAGAACAUGUCAGAAAGGAGAUUGUUCAUGAGGAGGUCCAGUCCUUUUCAGAAAUUAAAGCUUUGCAAACACAAAUGAAAAUGACUGAGGGUCAUCCUGUCACACUGAAAGUGAAUAUCCCUGGGGCUUCUGAUGUUAAAUGGAUUCUGAAUGGAGUGGAACUGAUGAAUUCAGAGGAGUAUAGAUAUGGUGUUUCUGGAAAUUACCACAGUUUGACCAUUAAGAGUGUAAGCUCUCGUGAUAGAGGAAUUGUCACAUGUGAGGGAAAAACUGAACAGGGAGUGGUCAAGUGCCAGUUUGUCACAACAGUCAGUGAAGAAUUAUCGGAUGCACCAAGCUUCCUAGUGCAACCACGCUCUCAGAACAUAAAUGAAGGACAGGAUGUAAUAUUCUCCUGUGAAAUAAUGGGUGAGCCUACCCCAGAAAUUGAAUGGUUCAAAGACAAUGAAGUGUUAUCCGUUGCAUCAAAUAUGAAACUGAGCCGCUCAAAGAAUGUGUACAAACUGGAGAUUCAGAAUGCCACUGUUGAGGACAGCGGCAAAUACACAGUGAAGGCCAAGAACCAAUUUGGACAGUGUUCUGCAACAGCAUCGCUCAAUGUUCUUGCUCUGGUUGAAGGACCUGUCAAAAUGAUUGUCUUGAAGAAAAGCUCAGAUGCCACAAGCAUUAAAAGUAGCAGCUCUGCCUUGCACAUGGCUUCAACAAUACAGGAAACAACAAGCAGUAGCUCCAGCAUGGCUCAGAUUAAAAGUCAAAGCAUGUCAGCAACUAGCAUGACCUCAAUGAGAUCUGAAACAAUGGUAGCCAUGGGUUCACACAGCAUGAUGGAAAUGUCUAGUCAUGCACAUGUUGCGGGGACCUCACUCAGAUCCAUUUCUUACAAGCGCAAAGGUGUACCACCUAAAAUUGAAGCUGCCCCUGAGGAUAUUAGCAUCGAGUCAGGAAAGGUUCUGACUGUGGCCUGUGCUUUCACUGGCGACCCAGUGCCAAAUGUUGAGUGGUCCCAUUCAGGGAGGAUACUGUCCAGUGAAGAGAGUGAAAGGUUCCAGAUUGAAACCACUGAGGACACUACAACACUCACCAUUAGUGGCAUAAAAGAAAAGGAUGGUGGCGCGUACACCCUCAAACUUUCAAAUGAGCUUGGCUCUGAUACUACUACUGUCAAUGUCAGCAUUCGAUCUAUAUGAAAAAAAUAUCUGUUAAUCCAGUCAAUACCCCUUUUUCCUUUCUUCAAUAUAUUUUAGUUAUUGAAUGAGUAAGAAAAAUGCUGUUCUAGAUAAAGACCUGGAUCACUGUUCUGUAAAUAUGAACUAUUUUUAUACCAAACUUGACAUUAAUUUAUGCCAAACUAGACUAAAGUCUAAAAUUGUUAUAAAAUGUGCCAUAUUGGGUAAUUAUGACUUUUUGAGCCAUUUUUCUGUGACGUGUACAUAAUGUAUAUAGCCGAAUAUAACGGUUAUGGGAAAUGUAUGAAUUGUUAUUUAUGACAAUAAUAACUUAAACAAAUGGAACGAAAUGUUUAACAGGAGAAAGUUUCUCAUGGAACGAAUACCCUGUGAAACCUGAAACAAAAUUUUGUGCCUCAACACUACGUUGAUGUCUUAAGAUUGCCUCAGCAGGUAGAGAGGCUCCCUGUUGAAGUUCUACUAAAUCAAAGGGACGAUGCUAUGCACUGUACAUCUGUGCAUAUAGUAUUUCAGUACUCAGAUGAAUUUAUAACUUGACCAUAAGACCCUGAAUGCUGUUUGUGUCUCACCCUCACAUAAGCAGCAUGACUAGGUCUUGUGUUCAGACUGACUAUAUCAUAUCACCAUUUUGAUGACAUGCUCAAAGUGCAAACGGCCUGCACGUUGAGCUGAUGAUGAUAUGCGUUCAGGUUCUGCCAAAGGACUGUCUGAAUUUGAUCUUAUGAAAGCAACAUCACCUGGCCAUUAAGUUCUUUAUCAGUUCAGAUACUCCUUUCCAGAAUCUGUGCCACCUCUUGGAGGAAUGCUAGGUUAUAAUGUGUGUUUUUGUGUUCGUGUGUGUGUUAGGGUUAGGAUCUCACCUCGUCAGGGUAAUCAUCAAGCAGUGUACCACAGUAACUACAUCUGCUGUGCAAAGAAAAUGUAAAACACAUGAAUGAAAUACCCUGCACCUUGAUUCAAUAGCAAUUAAUAUAUGUAGAAUUACCUAUUUAUUCUGCCUCCUUGAGUUUUAUGAAUUUUUGAUUUAAUAAAGCAUGAUUUCAGCACCAUAAA